AUGUUAUGUGACCCAAAGAGCCCUGGCUCAAAAGAUCAGCCCAUUCGGGUCAGUUCUCUGUGAAGUAACACUUUCCCCACCACCACCACUCUGCUGGGUUUCAUCUUAUGCAGACCAGCAUAACAAUAGCAUAAUAAAUGAUCAAAAGUUGGUGUGAACUUCCUAUUUUUCAUUUUUCACUUUCCUGACUUAACUCUUAUGGAAAGCUGCCUUAUAAAAGGUCAGAAUAUUUGCCUGAGUUGCUAGCUAGCCUCCUGUAGUCUAGCACAGGUUUUGGGCAUCUUUUUUAACCCCAAGGGCCGCAUUCCUUUGUGGGGAGACUUCUGAGGGCCGCAUGUUAGUGGUGGGCGGGGCUAGAGGCAAAAGUGGGUGAGGUGAUGGAUGAGACUCUUACCUUUGUCCAAUAGGCUACACUCCAGCCAUGCCAGAGGUUCCUACACCCGUCCACAACUUUCCAGUCUCUACUUAGGCAAGGAAGAGGUACGACUGUGACUCAAGUGGAAGAGCCAUGGCUAAGUGGCAAAGCAUGCAGAAGGUCCUGAGUUCAAUCUCCAGUAGCUCCAGAUAGGGUUGGGCCUGAAGAGACCCCGGCUGUUGUUGGACUACAACUCCCAUCAUCCCUAGCUAGCAGGAGCAGUGGUCAGGGAUGAUGGGCGUUGUAAUCCAACAACAGCUGGGGACCCAAGUUUGACAAAUGCAGGCACUGCAGAUAAUACCAGCCAGCUGGACCAAUGGGCUGACUCAGUGGAAGGUAGCUUCCUAUGUACCUCACACAGCAGCUUGACUUGCAGGCAUUAGAGGUGACAUUUAUCUCCAUGUGGCUUCUGAAAAUGAAAUGCUUGUCAAAGGCUUGGGGGCAGGCUAGGCUGGUUCCUCUUUGAUUAACUGGCAAUGUUGUUUACUCUUAAGGGCUUGUUCACAACUGGAAAAGUGUAGGGCAGGGGGGCAAUACUUAAGCCUGUCAGUGUUCUGGCUUGGCACAUAAAGGUGCUCACUGUUUUGGCACCAGCAGGAGAACCAAUUUGAUUGACAGGCCUUUUGAGUGAUGCAUGUGGUCAACAUCUCCUGUCGACACCUGAAUUCCUGCCAGGAGUGGCAGCAGCCCAGCAGUGGCACCAGCAGUUUGAUCCUGACAGCAAGGCCUGGAUCGGAGAAGAUAUCUUUCUUCACGAAGAGACACCUGAUAACUCCUGAGUGGGGGAGCCGUGAAUAAGUUAUCCAUCUCCUUGCUGAGGGAGAUAAAUGUCAUAUCAGGCCGAAGCCAUCAUCUGUGCGUAGCAGCAAUUCAAGCCGCUGCCUGGCAUUCCCUAUCAGCUCUCCGUGGACCAGGCGACGCGAGCUGUGCUGAGGCUCCCAGACAAAAGCUUUGUUUCUGCCUUUUCAGUGGGCAAUGUGCAGGAAAUGUCAUCUGUCUCUUCGCAGAUGGGGAGCCAGCAACCUUCCUUCACCUGACCUUGCAGCCUGCCUCCGUAAUGGGAUGAAAAGAGAGGUCCCUAAAGAGUAGCACCGUGUGAGCUCACUGGGUAAAAAAACACAAAACCCUGCAGGAUCAAAAUAAGGGCCCUGAUGCUCUAGCCUUGUGCCUGAUCUGGUUUGCUUUCAACAAGGCCUGAGCCUCAGUUCUUGAAGCCUUAAUCUCUGGUGACUGGCACAUGUGGACUCAGAUAUUGUUAAUACAUUGCCAUAGCUGCCAUUAUGUGUUGAUGGCUCAGAGUGGAUGGGAGGAGCCACAGCGUAGCAGCAGAACACCUCCUUUGCAUGCAGAAGGUCAGGUUCAAUCACCAGCAUCUCCUGGUUAGGCUGGGAAAUAUUCCCUGUCUGAAACCCUGGAGAACUGCUGCCAGUCAGUGUAGACAAUACUGAGCUAGAUGGACCCAAAGUCUGACUCAGUACAGUGAAGCGCAACUCGUACAGCACGUUGGAGACAAAUAUUCACACAGUUGUUCAAAAAUAAUUUUACACCAUUUAUCAAAUAUGUGAGAAAGAGACAAUUACUUACAAAGUGCCAUGAAAACUUACAAACUACCUAAAAUAAAGUGAACUUGCAAUAUCAGAUUUUACUUUUGUUGUUGUUGUUGUUGUUUAGUCGUUUAGUUGUGUCUGAAUCUUCAUGACCCCAUGGACCAGAGCACGCCAAGCACUCCUAUCUUCCACUGCCUCCCACAGUUUGGUCAGACUCAUGUUUGUAGCUUCGAGAACACUGUCCAACCAUCUCGUCCUCUGUUGUCCCCUUCUCCUUGUGCCCUCCAUCUUUCCCAGCAUCAGGGUCUUUUCCAGGGAGUCUUCUCUUCUCAUGAGGUGGCCAAAGUACUGGAGCCUCAGCUUCAGGAUCUGUCCUUCCAGUGAGCAUUCAAUGCUGAUUUCCUUAAGAAUGGAUAAGUUUGAUCUUCUUGCAGUCCAUGGGACUCUCAAGAGUCUCCUCCAGACCAUAAUUCAAAAGCAUCAAUUCUUCGGCGAUCAGCCUUCCUUAUGGUCCAGCUUAGGUUCUUACAGACUCAGAUUUUUGGUUUUUUCUUGUUUUUUGAAAUAAGUUCAAGAAGAUUCAAGAAAAGGGUAAGUUCAACAUUGUUCCUGGUAGCUGUGAGGUGCUGAUGAAGCAGUGUAUGAAGUAAUAAAGAAGACAGGGUGCCAGCGUUCUACCCCCAUUUCGCCCUAGCAGUCCAUGCAUUUGAGAGGCUGCAGUUUCACCCCUGGUGGGGCUGAUUUGUUGGGGUUGGCAGAUAGCACACUCCCUGAGCACAGUUUUCUGGCCUUCUUCAGUUUUCUCGUGCCAUUGAUGCGUCUACUAGUGCUAACUGAUAAUAACUGAUAAUAAUCCAAACGGAAUCUUAUCAGAAUCAACAUAAUACACUUCUAGGUGUUCAAUUAAAUACAAAGUAAAUAUAAAUCCCCCCACUAUAUACAAAGAAUCCAUUUUGAUGCAAAAGUUCAUAAUUAUGUACUUACAUAUCUUUGAAGAGACAAUUUCUUGGCUUAAGCAUACAAGACUGAAUAGCUUAGCAAGGUAGCCCUGUUUGAUUACAGAUAUAUAUAUACAUUCUCUCAUUAUAGGUUUUUCAACAGGUGUUUUACAUCAGUAGAGAGGUGAGGAGGUGGAGUAGAGAAUGGACAUGAUACUAUUAAUACUUACAUCUCAUACAUUUCACAUCCAGAUACACAUUUCAAUACCCAUUGCUGUAAUUAAAUGAAAACUGAAAGAUCAAAUUUGGAAUUUAAUCAUACUGGCUGGAAUGUUUUAAAUAAAAAUAUUAAUCAUGCUUCUUGUUGUUUUAAUAUUUUUUGAUGUCCUGUUUGCUAUAUUUCCUAGGAACAAAUCACCAGAUCCCAAAGAACAAUAAGUCGGUGUCACUGUGUGUGUUUUUUAGCAUUUUUCUAGCACCAGCAUAGUGAAAGGCUGCAUCUCAGUGGUAGGGUGUCUCCUUUGCAAGCAGAAGGUUCCAGGUUCAAUCCCUGGCAUCUUCAGGUAGGGCUAGGAGAGACACCCUGUCUGGAACACCAGAGAGUCUUUCUAUGGCCACCCACUUAUUCUAAUAAGCAGGGUCUGGCCAGAACAUAAGGAGUUGACUGAGCACGUGCUGCAGCUGCCUCUCUCUUGUCUCUCUUCCACAUCAUGUGGUCACCAAGGGAGGAUGCUCUUUUGCCACUGCCUCCUAACCUGUUACCAUCUCAGUCUCCCUCAGUCUGGACUUGCCAUUCACUGGUGAUCUGGUGCAAGGUAGCAGGUGUGUUGCCUGACUGGAGCUGCUCCUCUCCUCCUUGCCGCCACUUAAACUCUAUUUUUGCUUUUUUGUUUUUUUUAAAAAAAGCUUUUAAAAAAUCAAAAUAUUACAAAUAAAAAGCACCCCAAGUUUCCAGUGCUUUGUCUCCCAACAGAUACAAUCUGGACCUCACUGCUUUAGAAAGUGGGCAUGGUGUGACAAUGCUUUUUGAUCUCUCCAGCCCAAGGAAUAAAAAUCAGCAGCAGGAUUUGUCUGGCCACAAAAGAGAGGUCCCAGAUAUUAGGUUUUUUUUAUGCCACACAUGGGUAUUUGGUUUUCUUUGCAGUACUGCAGGCAGCAUGCCUCUGAGCCCAUAGAUAAUGCUUUUCUCAAACUACAGCCCUAGACUACUUAAUCCAGCUAAGUUGAGGCAUUUAGCCACAAUGGUUAUGUUUCCAUUCCACUGUUGGAGACUGUCCCAGUUCCUGGGAAUCUCCAGUGGGGAGAGCACUGUUCCACUCAAGUCUUGCUUGUGGGGGCCUUCCCAUGGGCUUCUGGUUGGCCACUGUGAGAACAGAAUACUCACCUAGAUGUUGUCAUGUUUUGGGCUGCAGAGGCUCAAUAGGACGGGGCUUCUGUCUAUGCAGUAACUCAGGCUUGGAGAUUUUCUUUUUUUUUUUAAAUGAUAUUUAUUAAAAGUUUAAAGAUUACAGAAGAAAGAAGAAAAAAAGAAAUAACAAUAAAGUAGAAAACAAACAAUAACAAAACAUAUAAAACAUAUAAAAACCAUACAAUAAUACAGCAAAAAAACAGACAAAAAAGAAACUAAAAAACACAUCCAAUAUUCCAUGUCUUUACCUUUCCUUAACUUAUUUCAUCAACCUCCUCACACCUCUCUUUUUUUGUAUUCUAGUUCAAUUCACUAUUUCAGCAAGUUCUUCCCAUCUUUCUCAAUUUUGAUUCUAUAGUUUUAACUAUCUAACCUUAGAUUUUUUUCAAUUUAACCCAAUAUCAAUCAACUUUUACUUAAUUCUUUGUUGCAUUUCUACUAAAACCAUGUUAAUUCAUUCCCGCAUCCUUCUAACACUCAUUAAUUUUACAAUGUUUCUGUAAGUAUACUUUAAUUUUUUUCCAAUCUUCUUCCACUGACUCUUCUCCCUGGUCUCGAAUUCUGCCAGUCAUUUCCGCCAGUUCCAUAUAGUCCAUCAACUUCAUCUGCCAUUCUUCCCUGGUAGGUAGAUCUUGUGUCUUCCAGUAUUUCGCAAUGAGUAUUCUUGGAGGCUUGGAGAUUUUCAGUACUUUCUUUUUGUAAACCACUUUGAGUGUAUUUUACAAUCGGCAUAUAAAUUUUACGAAAUAAAAAUAAAAUAACUUUUAAAGAGAGUUAAAAGUGGUGUGUCAAGGCCAGCCCUUCCCGCUGGAGCAAAAACACACGUUUCUUUCCUUUCACUGUUACCUCUGCUCAAAUAGGCCUUUGAAACAAGAUUAAAAAAACCUGUAUGACCUGUUUCACAGAGGCAAAAAUUGGGUGAGUGUACCCACAAGGAACCAUCCUUUAAUACAAUUAAUACUCCAUUCUCUGGCUAUUUUGACAUGUGGAUAUGUAGCCUUUUAUGACAACCAAUGAAAUGUGCCCAAACCAAACACCGGGAGUUCUGGUAGACACAAAAGCUUCUCAAGGAGUAAACAGGGUUAACUGCAAUAUCCAACCUGAGUUUAUAAGGUGAAGGGAGGGAGGGAGGCAGGCAGGCAGGAAGGAAGAUGCAAGCUGGUAAAAGCUUCCUGGUCAAUACAAUCUUCUGCUUCUUUCCUCAGUCCCACACAGAGAUGACCCACACAGAGUGAAGCAACAGCCUCAGGUGGAAGACACAGAUAUGGCCCCUGAGCCAUUCCCCAUUUUUGGAGAUCAGUGCUGUGAAUGUCACACAACCUGUCAUGCACCCCAUAAAGUAAUGGGAUCAGCCUUCACAGUAGAUGAUGUGUUGCUUCCACUGCUGGUCCAGUCAGCUUCUGCACUCCCACCAGCCUUCAGCAGCAGACAGUUAUUUUGGCCUAUGGCCUGUUUUGACAGUUAUCCUGCCUAUAGGACUUCUGGUCCUAAACAUCUGGAGGACGUCAGGAUAGAGCAGGCUGCUCCCCUCCACUUUGGUGGGCCUUAUGAUCUCUCAGAACCCUAAUGGACCUGGGCAGCUCUACUUAGGAGGGUUUUUUUAUAAUGUUGGGAGGGAAACGGGCAUAAAGUUGACCUAGUGAUUUCCACGAGGGAACACAGUUCCUGGAUCCCUGCUUCGGAAGGAGGAAGCCUCGGCACUUACUCCCGAGUAGGCAGGCGCUGGAGCUGCGCGGGAAGGCAAGUAAAGGGCAGCAGCAGCAGCCCAGCCUCCUUCUCAGCGAAGCCCGGGAAGGCAAAGUGGCGGAGGCGCGAUUCCAUCCAGCGCGCAGAGAAGAAGGAGGCUGGGAAGGAGCCGGAGUCGGUGGGAGAAGCCGGCGUCGGAUCGCGCCUCCUGGCCAGGCUGCUGCCGGGCUGGGCUUGCUGCAGCAGCAGUAGGGGUGGAGCGCCCCCUGCCGGGAGCCGCGCGAAGCCCGUCGCCGCAGCAGCAGCAGCAGGCAAGGCGCCGCCGCUGCCAGGCGCUGCAUCCAACGCGGCGCGUCCGGCAGGGCUGGGCUCCAUCAGAGCGGGAGCAGCAGCAGCAGCGAGCGGAGGCAGGAAGGCGGGCUGGGGGGCCGCCGCCGCCGCCUCUCCCAGGAGCCCGCCCGCCGCCUGCCCGGCUUGCUGGAGCCGAGAAGCCGCCCGACCGGCCAAGGCAGAGCUGCCUGCCAUGUCCCGGGGAGCCCGAGCGCCGCCGCUGCCGCCGCCGCGCAAGAGAAGCCCGGAGCCGCUGGCCAGGCUUUGAGGGAGACCGGGAGCCUUAGGCGGAGAGCGAGCGGCUUCCCGCGACGCGCUCUGCUAGGCGAGCGCCCGCCGCCCUCGUGCCCAGCUGAGCCACCCUCGCGGCUCGUCCUCCUGCGAGGGGGCGGACGGCGCUCCGAGGAUUCCCUGCCCGGGAGGUGGCGGAGCCCUCGGGAAGGAGAGAGAGGCGCCGAGCUGCGUUGUUGGACGGCGGCGAGCGAGAGCCGAGCGGCGGAGAGGGCAUUGGGGGGGCGGGGUGUCCCUCGCCAGAUGGCACACCGAAGGGGCGAGCGGAGGAGGCGGAGGCGGCUGCAGUAGCUGGAAGGCAGCUCAGGGAAGAGGAGGAGGGAAAAGGCGACGAAGCCGGCGAGGGAGCAGCGCCUGGCCACUCGCCCGCCGUCGAGGAAGGGACCCAGCUGAUCCCUCGCUGCGCACUGCCCCACCUGGGACCCGCGCGGCUGGCUUCACCCCAUGGCCCCGACCCAGCGCCAGGCCUGAAGGGGCAGCGAGAAUGAGGCCACGUCCAACGGCAGCCAGGCUUCUGCCCGGGCAAGCGGAGGGCGGCGGCCGCAGCGACAGCAGCAGCCGGUGAGCGGAGAGCCCGGCGCCCGGCGUGGGGAGCGCCAUUUACCAAAGAGCCGGAGAGUAGGCGCGCUAGCCAAGCGCCGACGCCCGCUUUCCUCCGACGCCGCUUCUGGGUCGCGAGCCACGCUCGGAGGGGCUCUGGAAAAGAGACGGACAGCUCCUCUCCCAAGGCAGGCGGGCGGAAGGGACCGCUAGGCAAGGCGCGCCGCUGGGACGUCGAGGGGCGCAUCGGGCAUCGCCAGGACUCGGAUCGCACCUGCUCAGGGCGCCCCCUCGCCCCAGUCGAUGAGCCUCUUGGGGGCCCGGGAACCCCGUUUGGAUUAACUGGUUCCCCUCCCUCUCUUUUUCCCGUCUUUCUUUCUCCCCAUCCCCUUUUUUUGGGUUCUCCGGGAACUGUCCGACGCCUGGCCACCUUCCUCGACUUCUCCUGGGACUAUUACCUCACCUCACCUCGCCACCGACCUCAGGACUGUAAGUUCCGCUCCGUUCUCUUUUACAGAGCUUACUAGCCUUCCGGCUGUAGGGAUGCGAUGGGAAGUGGAGGGAACAGAGCGAUUUGCGGGUGGGAGGUCGGUUAAGUUGCCUGAUGUCGUCGAGAGGGGAAACCCCCCCCCCCCCAGCACGCACUCGCGUCUUCUCUUUCUCUUGCCUUUGUUAUUUUGACCUUUUGGUGAAGUUUUUGCGGUUGGAGGAGAGGGAGACGGGCAUCCCUUGGCCUCUGGGUGUCCCAGCUGUGUUCCCCGCGCCUCGCACUCCCCGGGCAUGCUUGUAGCGGUGGUUUCUUUGAACUGUCCCAAAAGAUGAAGAGGUCCACUGCGCUCCUCCUCUGUCCGGAUCUCAACCGGGCAAGAGGGGCGCAAACCAGCAAAAGACAAAAACAAAACCGGGCUGGAUCCACCACCCGUUAUCCUACCACUUCCAAACAAAGGCGAAGGGUGGAGCGGGGGGAGAGAUAUGAGAGAGAGAGAGAGAGAGAGAGAGAGAGAGAGAUGUGGCCAGAUGUGCGCCCCCUGAACCGCCCUGCGCUACGCUUGGGGAGGUUCGCCAAAUACUCCACAACGAUUUCCCCGAGGGUUGGCUAUGGGGUCUCCUGAAUGCACUGUGGGGAAGGGGCUGCGUGGGGAAGGGGCGGCAGAACAGCCUGACUGGGCUUGGGAAGCCGCGCGCGCCUGGUGCCCCCUGACCUGGUGAUGGUUCCUGUACCUUGUCUCUCGAUGUACCCCCAAAAUUGCUGUUGUUGCUGCUGGGGCUGUUUUCUGAAGAAAAGACCAUGUCUUACUUUUGUGGUCCUCGCUCGCUCUGCUAUAGACCCGGCGGCUGCCCAAGUGACAGCCGCUUCAGCGCAGCCAAGGCGAGAGGCUGGUAUGGACCCGGUCGAGAGUCGUUGGAAGCACCCGAUACUUGACCGCUCCGCAACUCCGUCGCCUUGCAAGAGGAACCCCAAAGACCCCUUUCUUUCCACCCAGACGGAGAGAGGUUUAAGUGUUCCGAAGAAGGGGGUUCCGGUCCCGUUGCAGGAAGCUCCCUUCUGCCCCGUCUAAGGACGCCUUUGUUUGAUCCCUUGUGUUAAGUGCUCCGCAGACAUCACCAUCCUCUUCAAUUUAGCUGGAUAGUUAAUUCCUUAGAGGAAAUGUCCAAGCGCAGAAUGUGCGUGUGUGUUUUGUGGGGGAAGGCAGAUAGAGUUUCUUGGGGACAUUAAUUGGCAUGGUUGGAAGGGUGAGUGGAUGGAGCCUGACCCAGACCUGCCUGGUGCCUCUUUCCUCUUGCGCUAGUUGGAUGGUAUUAACUUGUGCGAUUUGGCAACUCAAACCUUCUGUAGGGAAAGGAAAGCUGGAGGUGGAGGAGCCAGGGGUGAGCAGCUUUGAAAUUGUGGGGUGCAGUUUUCAUAGAACCUCUGAUGUGGUUUUUAGGGAGUCUUGCUGAGAACCAUCGGGCAGAAUGGCAGGAAACCCAAAUGAGCCACUAAUUAGCAUGGGCCACCAAAGCCACUCAGACAUUGUUUUGUGUGAACCCUGUGCAAGGAAGACAAACAACUCUUGCCUCACUUUUCCCACCCGCCUGGUUACAAGUUGCCUGAGGAGCUUCUUAUCUAAGUUGAGUCCAGACAGUGUAAUUUUUAGGAAAUGAUCGUUGCAUACUUCAAAUAAGUAUCCUGGCUGAGUAAUCAUCCAUGCGCUAGGGUUUUGUCUUGUUUGGUUUUUUAAAAAAACACAUACACACACUGCCAGGCCUGGGAAGAUAUCUAACAGACCCCAAUUUGCACCUGAUUUGUUUUUUCCGCAUUGCCAGACUUGCUCGCAGCUUCAGACCUUGAGCCCAUGAACAUAAAUCAAAGAAAUGUCCCUGAGCGUAUGCAGAGAGUUUGCAUCCUCAUAACGGGCAAGGCCUAAGUAACUCCCAGGCCCAGUGUAGGGUGCAGAACUUCCAGCCCAGAAAAUGUGACUUCCAGAGAGUCUUAAAAUCCCAAUUCUUUCCAUAUCAGAAAUUAGGCGCAAAGUGUGUGUGAAUAGGAAGGGGGUUGUCCGUGGGGCAGGACUGCAGAAUGUGAACAAAUGAACCUCCAUGAUUAUGACUUGGCAGAAUUAAUAAAUCAAUGUGCUUAAGGAAGUGGGCUGGAAGGGAGUCCCUCCCUUCAUUCACCACCGUCAAGCUCAAUACUAUUUAGAAAUGAUAUUUCACAACCCCAUAAUCCCAUAUGAGUGAGCUGGCUGUGAUUGCUCCACUGGGAAAGGGUUUUUUCACUUUGCACAUGCUCAGAGGUAUUGUCUUCUUUGUUGUGGCUACCCCCAUCCCUGGGCUCAGCCUUGUAACUGAAAAUAAAUUCUGGGACAAAGGAGUUGUGAGCCCAGCAAAACAACUUAGGUUGCAAGCUACAAAUCUGGACUCUGCAUCUGUGUCAUGAACCACUCUAGAUUAAAUCCUUUGCAGUCUCGGUAAAUUAGCUGCACAUCUGUUUGUGAGGCUGGGGUUGGUUUUUUAUUUUUCUUUUGUUUUUUUCCAAAUCUCCAGUUCCAGAUAUUUUCGCCCUUCUAAAGAACAAAGGGAGUAGAUUUCAUCUACCACCCCACAAACCCACAAGCACUCUAAGCAAAACGCUGCCUUUCUAUUCAAGGGUCGUGGAAAACCCAGGGGGGCCCGCCAUCUCUGGGACACUCUCCCAUGCAACUCCUGCAGGAAUGAACUGGAGGGAUUUGGACCAGUCCCAGAUGGAUAAGGAGGCAAAGCUCUCUUGCUGGGAUUUUGAAGUGUCAGUUAUAAUGAGCAGACUGCACCCUCCUAACCCUAUUUGAGAUAUUCACAGACCUCAAUCUGGAGAAGGUUAAGUCAACCAUGGUGAAUUUAUCCCAUUUAUUUCAAUGGGAAAUGUGGGGGGGGGACAAACAAACAACACUUAUUUUUUUGAGCAGCACUACUAACUUUCCUGGGGAGCCGAGCAACACCGUGUCAGUUUUGCCAACGUGGGCUGAAUCUUGGCAUUCCAAAUAUAUGAUGGCUAUAUAUUGCAAGCUGCGGUGGUCCCAGAAGAGCAUUGGGAAUGAGAGCUGAUUACCCUCCAAGUGGGUAAAGGACAUUAUUCACUGUGAUGCAGCUUCCAUGAGAACACAGGGGCAACAUGGAUUGCUUUUCAAUUCAUUGCUCAAAAAUGGCUCAUAUGUUAAUUAGCUGAGAAGAUAGACUUUUUUUUUUACUCAGCAACCACAUUCUGCAAAUGAGUCAAGCGGCAGCAUUCUUGGCUAAGCUGGGUGGCAGCAGCUAAGACUGGGAAGAAAAUGUGGGAAGCUUAAAUCAAGGGCAGUCAGCAUGUGGGCUGCAUCAAGCUCAUGAAGCCAGUUCCAGUGGCCUACCAGCCCUCUCCCAAAAUCAGGCACCUUUUCCUCUCACCCUUAUGCCUUACUGACAAAGGUGCCUCUUCUCCCUCUGGUGCAAUGGCAAUGCCAUUGCUAGAAGGUCUUAGCACUCAAGGAAACAGGAAGGAGAGAUCCUCCCUGUUUCCUGAGCAUAAAGACCUUCUAGCAAUGGCAGUGUGCCAGAUGGAGAAGAGGAGACUUUGGAAGGUAAGUCAAGGGCUGUGCUUUCCAUUGCUGGGCUAGGUUGGGCUGGGUACAGAAAUUCCUUAAAUUUUACAGGUUUGGAUGGAAUACAAGGAUUUGUUGUUUUCAGACCCUCCAAGUGUCCCUAUUUUCCAGGGACAUCCCUGAUUUAGAGAAGCCAUCACAGUUUCUGAUUUGAUCCCAGAAUGUCCCACUUUUCCUUAGGAUGUCCCUAUUUUCAUUGGAGAAAUGUUGCAGAGUAUGGUAGGAUGUCCCUAUUUUCGCUGGAGAAAUGUUGGAAGAUAUGGAGUUAUCCAACCCCCUAAGCCAUCUGAAGGCAAUCAUUUGUAGGGAAGUUUUCUAAAUGUUUAAUGUUUUAUUAUGUAUUUAUAUAUGUUGGAAGCUGCCCAGAGUGGUUAGGGCAUCCCAGUCAGAUAUGUGGGGUAUAAAUAGUAAAAUGAUAAUUAUGGAAUGGGACGUCCCUAUUUUCAUCAGAGAAAAGUUGGAGGGUAUGUGUUUUAGGAGUAUUUGGGGUGUGUGACUUUUCUCUUCAUUCCCUGGGAAAAGCCACAUCAAUGGCCAUUUUGUGUGCAUGGAGUUACACGUGUUAAAGGAUUCUGUGGUGCCUGACAGCUGGCAAGCAGGUCAAGCAUAGUUAUGAACCGCCUAGAACUGAGAUGCAUGACCACAGAGUGUGCAAACAGGGGAAAUAUUCACUCAGAAGUGUGUGCUGUUCUGCAUGAUGAUGAAAAUGCAUCUUGAGAGACAACCUACUAGAACUCUGGAAAAGGCACAUGCAUUGGACUUGCUGAAGGGGGCAUCCCAGGAUGGCUGUGCACUGCAGCAGUGGGUAGGAACAGGUGGUGGUUGGGCUAUGCUGAGGAGAGGAGAUCUUUUCAGCUUGAGGGCCACAUACCUUUCUUGGUAACCUUCCAUGGGUCACUCAUAAGUGGUGGGAGGGGCCGGAGGUAAAGUGGGUGGAGCAAUGAAUUACAAUGUUACCUCUGCUUGUUUCUAUACUCACUCACCUCUCUGCAGGAAAGCAAGAAGCAUGUUCUGUGUUCAAGGAUGCAUUCCAGCCAGGCAAAAACACUCAAGGAUGGUGUGAAGCAGGGUUGGGGAGGCUGUGGCCUAGAGAGAGUUCUGAGGGCAAGAUGGAAAGGCAGCCACAUUUGCCCCCAAGUCCAAGGUUCUCCAUUCCUGUGCUCUGCUCUCAUAUCCUUUCAUCCCUCACCAUAAAAAUAAACAUCCUGUUCCCCUCUGUUGAGUGCUGGAGGAUAAGCAGCAAGUGCUGUGGGCUGUGCAGAAAGGUGUCUUGUACUGGUUCAUGCCAAGCAGGACCAUAACACUUUGGCUGACCCCAGUGUCAUAGGCCUGCCUUUCCGUUGCAAAUAGUAUGUGGAUGCGUACCAAUUCAGAACUGGGUGAAAUGGACUCUAGCCCACAAAAGUUUCUGCUGUGAUAAAUUUGUUAGCUUUGAAGCUGUUAGCCAUAAUCUCUGAGACACUACGCUUAACACAAAAUCUUCAAAAGUCUUGUUGAGGGGAUGAACUAAGCCUCAGAAUUACACAGCGGUGUGUGGCGGCAAUGGGAAGAACAGGAAUCUAUAGGUUGCAGAAAGUGCUUAACAUCGCAUUCCAAGGAUGCACUAAAGGACCUGCAUCUCUGAAACCAAUCAGAACUAGGCAUCUGGUCACAUGGUCUGUCAGGUUCUCCCCCCCCCCCCAUUCAUCCCUCUCCCCUACCCCAUGUUUCAAAGUCCACCCAAAGGAAACAGGCCUCCAUCCUCCUUCUUUCCACUUGCGAUGAUAAGGAUUGAUACAGGGUGUGGCUGUUGCAAUAUCAAAGCAAAUACUGAACUGCUGGGGGACCUAGCGAAGAUCCUGUGUUGUUGCACAGAGCCCUGCUUUCUGGGGGGUGGGGGCUGAGAGUUUUCUCUUUUUUCCCAAUGACAUAAUGGCUAUUUAUAACUUUUGGCUCUCUCUGGGUUGCCGCUGGGCUGGGAAAUGAAUGAAAUGCAGCUGUUGAGGGCAGGGGUGGGCUGUCUCUGCGCAUGUUUCGCAGGCUCAAUUAGAGAAAGCCCCCCCUUCCCCGUUGUUUUGGAAGGGGUCAGGAUUUCAGCUUGUUUCUUUUUUAAAAAUGUGUGCUCUGUGGGAGACCAUUAACAGUGUCCCUGUUAUUCUCCGAGAUCCACAUCAGGCUGAAGCAACAACUGCAUAAACUUAACUUUGAAGAAGGACUAGGUAAUCAGCUUUGCAUGCAUAAGGUCCCAUGUGCCAGCAUUUCCAGGCAGGGCUUGGAAAGACCCACCCCUGCCUGAAACCCUAGAAGGCCCCUGUAGACAAGCCUGAGUUGGAGAGGCUGAUGUUCUGAUUCCGUAUAUUGCAGCUUCCUAUGUGAGCUCCUGGGAGAGUCCUGGGCAGAUGGGCCUAAUUUAAAUAAGGAGCCAAGAUGCCCAGCUGUGUGCAGAGUUGUCUUCAGAAGUAUUUAAUUCAUGGUCCUGGGUCAUCCCAGCUUGAAGUUCUGGCUCAGCUGCCUGGAUCAUCUCCCUGCCAGCCCAACAGCUGGCUCUCCACAAAUUCCUCCACCUGUUCAUAGUGCUGUUUUCUGCCCUGGUUCUGUGGACAGAGAGUCACUUUCAUCCCCUGGAGACUGACUUAGCUGUAAUCCUAACCUUACUUACCCAUUGAAUCCAGUGGGACUUUCUUCUGAGUAGACAAGGUCGGGGUUGCAGUCACAGUUUCUAAAGUGAGAGAUGGCUGCGCUCAGGCUUAGAGCGCUUUACAAAUAGCACACAUUAUUUCAAUUUGUUUUGUCUUUCUUCUCCCGACAAGGAUCUGAUCACUGUCCUCCUCUUUUCCUUUCCUGUGCUGCUGCUAGUUAUUGAGGAAGUUCCCGAUCAUAUGGCAAUCCAUAUUGCUAUUGCUAUUAUCAAUAUGAAUAAACAUCUGUCCUGCACUUCAACUACAAUUUUCCAAGGCUGCUUAAACAAGGUUCAGCAGCAAAACAUUUUUAAAAGCAAUAAAAGAACAAGAUUAACAGUGCAAUUCUAGGCAUGUCUAGCCAGAAGUCCUACUGAGUUCAGCAGGGUUGAUUCCCUGUAAGUGGCUGUAGGAAGGCAGCUUAGAACAGCAGAAAAAAAGCAGCACAAAAAGGAACAACUUCAAAGCUCAACUUGGUUUAAAAAGCCUGGGGAAAUGAAAAAUGGUUUCCUUUGUACUAGGAAGGUAAGAUAACAGGUUCCUGGGAAAACUUCCCAGGGUAAAAGUUCCAUAGAGGGAUGCCAUCACCAAAAAUGAUCAUCACUUAUUGCACUGCCAUGUCACCUGCCUUGGCUAGCGUGCCACAAUCAGAAGGGGCAGGAAGGAAGAAGAUGACAAGUUUUCACUGCAUGAAAAUGUAGUGCCAUCAAUGUACAUUAACAGAGUUCCAUAGGACAGGUCUCUGCCUCCGGGAGUUUACAAUUUCACAGUGGGUAGGAUAGCAGAAGAAAGGGAACACAGAGAAAGGAAAACAAGGGUAGGAAUGGUGAAGGUGAACACCAGUAGUUACUAGCAGCAAGAACUUAGGCUUGGCUACUGUUGAGGUUUUUUGGUUGAGCAGUCAAUCCAGAUCACUCAGAUAAAUGAGCCAAGCUGCAUUCUAUUGGAAGAGGAUAAAAUGUUUGAGAUCAUCAUUAGCCAUUCUGACAUGGAGAUAGUCCCCUCUCACAUAUGGCAAUUGGACAGACAUCCUAAGCAUUAAGGUACCUUAAUGCAAAAUAACAUUUGCAAUAACGGUUGCAAUAUUCUAUGUAGUCUUCUCAACUCACUAGAAGUGUGUGUGCUUUCAAAGAGAAUUUGCAAACUGAAGCUGUAACAGAUACACUCUUUACUGUAGAGAAAUAUAUGAUUCCAUCUUGAAGAUAAUAUUCCACAAAUGCUGUAGUGAGGCAAGUGUCUGGACCUAGAGAACCUUUUCCUGAUCUAUAAAGCCUUAGGCAGCUCAGGAUUCCAAUACAGUACCUUCAGGGUCGCCUCUCCCCAUAUGAACCAACCUAGAUGCUGUAUUUGUCAUAGGGGUCCUUCUCUGUCCGCCUGUCUGCCCCCUUCAAGGGAAGUAGAGAGGGUGGCAACACAGAAACAGCCCUUCAUUGAGGACUCCCAGUUGACAGAAGGCUUUCCCCAGGGAAACCUGCCUGACACCAUGGUCCUCUUCUUUUGGACAUCAGGCUAAAUAAUUUCUGUUUGCCCCGGCCUUUGACCAAUAAUAUGGAAGGGUGUGUGUGUGUGUGUGUGUGUGUGUGUGUGCGCGCGUGUGUGUGCGUGUGAGUGUGCGUGUUUGGUUUGUUUUGGUGCCAGGUUGGGUAGGAUUUGUCCUUUUAUAAAUAUUCAUGGAUGAGUCAUGUGUUUUAUUUUUAUUUAUUGCAGGGCUUAAAUGUCUUUUAUGCUGGAAGUCACUUUGGAACACUCCAUUGUGUGGGGAAAGAGAUGAAUGUUUUCUGUUGCACCAGCCACUGCUUCCUUAAAUACCGAGCAUUUUUGUUGAGUCUUUCUGGUGUGCAAAAUGCUUCCCCUUUUACAUUAUCUCAGUAAUCUUAACAACAGUCCUGUAAGGUAGGGUGUUAUUACAACCCCCACCCCCACCCCAAAUGCAGAGCAUAGGCUGAGAGUGAAAAGUGCCUUGCUUAAAGGGACCUGCUAAGGUCAUGACAGAGGUGAAAUUCCUGGUUUUCAGCACAUGGUGGAACUGCUUUCUGCGAUCAAAAAGUUUCACCAGUCCUGCCCCUGAAAAGGAGGCAGUACAAUUGCAGGGGCAUUUGCAGAGGGAAAUCAGCAGGCAAGAGUUGUUGGUUUAUUUACUCUCCCCUGCUGCAUAUGUCUCAACUACUUGUGGGUCCCCCAUUCAUGAUCCCCAGCUGUGCUGUUAGAACAGAGGUAAGCCCAGCAGUUAGAAGGGCAUUUGCAGGGAUGACUCAACGGAAGAAUCAAGCACCUGUUAACAAAUUCCUCCACCCCUGUGUUUGUCUCAGGUUUGCCAUCUCUCAUGCAAACCCUCCACUUAGCCCAUGGGAAGUAACAGCUCUGCUCUGUUCUGCACUAGUCAGGACACAUCUGGAGUGCCAUAUCCAGGUCAUUUGAGGAAGGACUUUAACCGAGAGGAGGGUGAUCAGAAUGGUGAGGGCUGGAUGAGGAAAGGGUGAAAAAGCUGGGGGUGGUUAGCCUGGAGAAGAGAAGCUUAAGGGGGUGGGGGAGUGGGAGAGACACGAAAGCAGUCUCCAAAUAUCUUAAGGGCUGUCAUGAAGAAGAUGGAGCCGGCAUGAUGGAGCUGGAGCUUCAGGGAGGUGUUGGAAAACAAGAGCUGUAUGGGCUACUGUGUUAUGGCCUUUAGUCCCUAAGGGUGCUGUCCUCUCAUCAGUGCUGAAGUAAAAUCUAACAACCAGUCCAGUUGGUUUCAGUGCAUGAGAUAAAGCACUCAGCGCUUGCGGUGUGGGUGUCCUGCUUUGGUGGUAGUAAGUUGUCUUGGGUCACUCUUGCAUUAGGAGAAACUUCUGGAAUGGUGGAACAUUCUGCCUCAGGAUAUGGUGGGCUCUUUUUUGCUGGAAGUAUAUAAGCGCAGCUGGGCAAGCCACCUGUCAAGGAUGCUGUAGUUGCAGAUUCUGUACUGAACAAGGGGUUGGACCAGAUCCGGUCCAACUCCUAUAAUGUGGUCAUAAGGAGACCUGCUUCAUUUUCAGAGCCUAGGAGAUUGAAACAGGGCUUCCUUUGUGGUGGCUCCCCAGUUGAGGAAUCCUCUCUCCAGAAAUACCCCUAAAGAAAAGCCCUGUUGGUUCAUCCCAAAGGUUGAUGUAGUCCAGCAUCCUGUUCUCACAGUGGCCAACCAGAUGCCCCUAUUGGGAAGCCCACCAGCAGAAUCUGAGUGCAAGAGCAUUGUCCCCCAUUUGUGAUUCCCAGCAACUGGCAUUUGGGGGCAUACUGCCUCUGACAAUGGAGGUACAACAUAGCCAUUGUGACUAGUAGCCCUCAAUAGCCUUAUCUUCCAUGAAUUUGACUAAUUAUCUUGUAAACCCAUCCAAGUUAGUGGCCAACAUGGCAGCAAAUGCCACAAUUUAACUAUGUGCUGCAUGAAGAAGUCCUUUCUUUCAUCUAUCCCAAAUCUUCCAACAUUCAGCUUUCUUGGAUGGCUCCGUUGGGUUCUAGUGAUUUUAUGUAAAUUGUGUUACUUUUAUUGUUGUUAGCCACUCUGAGCCCGGCUUCAGCUGGGGAGGGCAGGAUAUAAAUCAAAUAUUAUUAUUAUUUAUUAGUGUUCUGAGAAGGAGAAAAUGUGUUUUUUCCCCCUAUGCAUUUUCUCCACACUAGGCAUAGUUUUAUACAGUACAUCCGUUCAGCGCCAUCUCUCUCCCCUCCCCAAUGUCUCUUGGCUUUUAGGCGGCAAUUGAACACAGUUUUAUUUGGUGGGCUCUUGAAGGAACAAUGUUGCCCUAGGCCGCUCUCAAUGGGUUUGUUUCCGUUGCGCUUUUUCAGCAGAUCGUUCUCAAGUUUAGCAAGCCACCUUGAGGAUCAGUUCUGAUGGAGAGCUUGGGGCACAAAUGUUAUAAAGGAAGGAAGGAAAUGCACCUCGCCUUGGCAGAUGUGAGUUGGGGAACCACCCCUUUGCCAGGUUCACCAGUAGCUCCUUCUCCCUCUGCCCAGGACAUGGCAUCUACUACUACUGUCUUGGUGCAGUUCCACUGGUGGGUCAGGUGCUGUGUACACAAUGCAGGAACCACAGCAUCCCGUCCUCUGGAGACUUUUCAAGCGCUGCACCGGACAGUCACAGGUGAGGCGGACAGGUAGAGGGGGAGGGGAAUGCUCAGCAUCCAAUGGAACAAUCGUAUCCCACCUUCAGCAGGUUGAAUUUUAUUUUUUGGUGGUCCCAGUUCUACAAUUCUACAAUUAUGCUUUGAUUUUAUAGUUGUCAACUGCUCAGGAGUUAUUUUGGAUAUGAGCAGUAUAUAAAUUAAUUAAUAAUAAUAUAGGUGACUGAAUAAUAAUAAUAGUCGAAACAAAAUAAAAAAUUUUCUUCCAGUAGCACCUUAGAGAUCAACUAAGUUUGUUAUUGGUAUGAGUUUUUGUGUGCUUCUUCAGAUACCAUGCACACGAAAGCUCAUACCAAUAACAAACUUAAUUUUUUUAUUUUGUUUCGACUACAGCAGACCAACACAGCUACCUACCUGUAACUAAUAAUAAUAGUGGUAGACAUUGGGGAAGAAGACUAUUAGAAGCUUUCCUAAUUUGAGGAAGAGUUUAUUGAAGGGCUUGGAAGAUAAAGAGGGGGGCAGCAGGCUGAACAGAGGCAAGGAGUUCUUCACUCUUGAGUCCCCAGAUAUAGUUAGACUCCAGUUCCCAUCAUUCCCAGCCAGCUUAGCCAAUGGUCAAGGGUGAUAGAAGUUGUAGUCCAACAACAUCCGGAUGGGAGAAGGCAAAGUUGGAGAAUCCAUCUCUAAGCCGCCCUUCCUUAGCCUGGUGGCCUCUGGCUGUUUUGAAGCACAGUUCCCAUCUGCCUCAGGCAACAUGGCCAUGCUGGCUGGGUCUGUUGGGAGUUGUCAUCCAAAACAGCCAGAGGGCACUGGCUGGGGAAGGCGGCUCUAAGCACAGGGAAGAGGCUGACAGAAAGAAGCAGGCAGCAAUCCGAGAGGAAGCGAGAAGCAACCAGCCUUCAUUGCUUCUGCCCAGACACACCCCUAGGGAUGGGGAAGAAAUUCAAUUUUGUUUGCAUUAUAGUGAGGAACAGCCUAAUUUGCACUCCUCAAUCAAUAAAUGAACCAAAACACAACUAUUCCCCCCCCCAUAUUUCUGCGGUGCAGCUCUCUAGCUGAGCAGUGUGGACAAACAUGCACACAUUAGUGAAAAGGACAUACAAAUGCAUUUCAUUAGGGGAAAUGGCUUGUGAAAAUUUUGCUACACUGCAUGCAAAAAAAGUGAGAAUUUCGUACUAAAGACGCUGACAAGUUUUCAUGAGUAUUUUUUUUUUUUAAAUCACAAGUUGCUGCUGAAAUGUGGAGAGCUGAAUUUAAGAUAGGGGGAAAUGAGGGAACCUAAAAGUGACAGAUUCAUCCAUCACUACACACUGCUCCAAUUAUAUAUUGCUUUGGUUUCUUUCUGGGGCUUAAACAGAUCUAUGAUCCACCCCCACCCCAAUUUGCCCCUGGCUCCCUUCCACAUCACUGCCUCUGCCUAACCAGAGCUGCCUCCACAAGUCACUGGGGCUCAUCAUCACCACCCUGAAAUGAAUCUUCAGCUCCUCUGCUAAUGUGGGCAGGCCAGGUCAGAGCAAGGGGAUAGAGCCUUGCACUCUGCUGCUUCGUUUUGUUUUCAGAUUCCCCCCCCCCCCGCCACUUCCAUGUUGAGGGGGAAAUUGUGUCUCACUUAAUUCCCAGCAUAUGGCUCAGGAACAGAACCUUGCCUGUGGGUAGGAGGAAGGAGUUGAGCAAGCACAGAUUCCGUGGCAGCAGCUUGGGCUCUCAUGACAAUUGAGUGGAGGAAGAGGGUCUGCAUUAGCUCUGCAGGAGAGUGCAGGCGCUGCAUGCAAAAAACCUGCUCCCCUAUUUAGCCCAUAGUUCACAGGUCACCAGUGCAGUGCCCACGGAGACAGGGAGGCCUUCCUGGGUGAGCAACCGCCAGCCUUUUUUACGGAGGUAAUGUGGUGGUGUUGCCAGAGCCUCAUCCUAUACCCACCCGAUGGUUUGAAGGCUGAUGGAAGCUGGGUUAGAGCACUGGAUUAAGACCAAGGAGGCCCCGGUUCAAAGCUCAGUGCUGUGAACUUCACUGGGUAACUGUGAGACAGUCGCAGCCACUCUCAGCCUGCCUACCUCACAGGGUUGUUGUGAGAAUAAAAUGGAGGGAGUGUGAGAUCCAUGUGUGUCACUUGGAGGGAUGGUGGGGUAAAUAUAAAUAAAUCUUCAGUGUUUCCAGCAGGAAAAAAAAAAGGUGUAUCGGUCCAAGCUGUGAGCUAAAAGAUCUAUGGAUAAACAGGGUAUACAAAUUUAAAUAAUAAAUAAUUUAAUUAACUAAUUAAUAAUAAAAUGAGCAUUUGAUCAUAGAAUCAUUGAGUUGGAAGGGACCCUGAGGAUCAUCUAGUCCAACCCCCUGCAAUGCAGGAAUACGUAGCUCUCCGUUAUGGGGAUCAAAGCUGCCCCCUUGCCUUAUAGGGAGGCAUAUAGAAAGCAGACUUUUCACCACUGAUGGAUAAUAUAUGGGAAGCAAAUAAUGGCACCUGGGGCUCCUCCCAGGAUGAUACCCCACCCUCCCUGCACAGUGACAUGUUGUGUUCCAGACCUCUGGCUGUUCUCCAGCUACCCCCAGCCACCAAGCCUCUUCCUCGUCUCUUCCUUUGUCUUAGUUCUAAGCACAGCUAGGGGAAGGGCACAUCGGUGUUGCAGCAAAUGUCUUUUCUGAUCCUGCAGAGGGUAGAAUCUGAACCCAUGGGUUCAAACUAGAAGAACAGAGAUUUAGAUGAAGGCUGAGGGAAUAUGUGGGCCGUGAAGACAUUGCUGGACUACAAAUCCCAUUGUCACAGACCAUUAGCCAUGCUGGCUGGGGCUGAUGGGAGUUAGAGUCCAACAACAUCUGGAAGGUCCCCGGCUCCCCCACUCGUGACUGAGACAAAGCGGUUAAGGAGAACUUUGCAACAUCACAAACAGUUUGACAGUGAACAGACUGCUUCUGAAGAUGGUGGGUUUACCUUUGUUAUACGUUUUUAAGCAGAAGCUGGGUGACCUACACUAACAGGGAUGAUGUUGUAGUGGGUCUCUUGCACCGGCAGGCCUUUGAGAUCACUUCCAGGAUCUAUGAUCUUAGGAGAAAACACUCUCAAAAUGUUAGGAGAAGCAGAUUAGGGAAUACAUAGCUUCCAUUUUCAGUUCUUUUCUCUGGGUCCAUGAGGACUCACAGCACCUUUCUUUUUUAAAAAAACAAAAGCUGGUGUUUAAUUGUGAAUUCCACCUGCAUCUGUGUUUAGAUGCACUUUCCUAAGUUUUCCAUCACUUGGUUUUAGGAACAUAGGAAGCUGCUUUGUACUGCAUCCAUUGAGCUAAGUAUUAUCCACACUGACUUGCAGUGGCUCUCCAAGUUUUAAGACCUAGUUCUCUUCUAGCCCUACCUGGAGAUGUCUGGGAUUGAACCUGGGACCUUCUGCAUGCAAGGCAGAUGCUCUACCCCGAGCCACAUCCCUGUGUCUCUCAUGGAAACAGGUGCCUUGUCCCACCUCAGAUCCAGCCAGCGUGUUGGGGCUUGCUCUGGUUCCCUGCAGCUGCACCCAAGGGCCAGGCCAGAUCAUGUUGCUCUGUUUACUCUUGGUGGUCAGGGAGGAUGUUCACGUUCCCUGAGCACAAGACAGCUGGUAAACAGUGGUGGUGUUGGCUGGGUAGCCAGCUCCUUUGUCUAGUGAGGAGAUCAUUAAGGGCUCAGCUUCCCACCUGUUCUGACAGGAAAUGGCCCAGCUGCCUGGUCCUCCCGUUUCCUAGUAACAGUUGACAAGAUGGUGGCGCAGAAGGGGCCUCUACCCAAGAUACGUCUGUCAGUCCACAGUGUCACUCGCACCGUGCACAGGAAGAUGCUCCCGCUAGAAAUGGAGCCGCAUUAUUCACACAACUUGGAGCACCUCUUAGCGGGUUGAGGAGAAUGUACAUUUCCUCGCUACCCAGCAGACAUCCAGGUGUGCCAUCCAGGCAAGUAACCUUUACUUGCUAGUGGUCUACUGGAGCUUUUGGCUCUCUAAGGUGGAAAAUUCAUGUGGGUUAAUUUGGCACUUGCUGAAGAGACUGCUGAGAUGCUUUGUUUUUGAAUGCUUUAAGGUUGCAGUCUUUGCCAACUUGGUGUGCUGUGCUAGCAAGGGCUGGUGGGAGUUGUAGUCCAAAACAUCUGGAGGGCACCAAGUUGGCAAAGACUGCAAUGUGCCAUUUCCCUAGGGACCAAUGCCAAAAGACAGUCAAUGGGGGAAAGUUCAGCUUGAUCCUCGUAGGGCCAAAUCCUGAUAAAAGAGAGUUGAAAAGAAAGAAGUUUGGGUUUCAUGUUCUUAACAGUUUCUUGAAUUUCGGGGGAUCCUCACUGCAGCUGUUCAGAGCUAACACUUAUUGUUCCCUUGUUGUUCUUUCUCGUUUUAUGAAUCAUAUUUUGUUUGCAUUUUAUUAUAGGGAAACAUGUAAGCUUUUCAGUGCCUCCAAAGUCUAGCUGCCAAAUGACUUCACAUUUCAAAAUCUCAAACUUCACCAUAUUCUAUUUCUUUUGCUCAUGUCCUUAAUGCAUUUGUAUGCCACCUUUUCCUCCCAAGUCACUCAAGGUGGUUUACUAGGUUCUGCCACUCCUCAUUUAGUCCCCACAGCAACUCUGUGAGGUUGGUUAGGUUGAGAGUCAGCGAGCUUCACAGCCCAUGGGCAGUUUUAACCCUGGUCUCCCAGUCUUGUUAGACCUGAUGACAGAACUCCAACAGGGGGUUAAUGCCAUGCUAGUGGGGCUGAACCUCCUGGGCACAGCUGGUCGUGUGAGUACCUUCUGCCAUUUAGUCAUAAUGAUCUCAAUAAACCUUUUGGAACUAAGCUGCUCCCUUUCGGCAUAGUUGCACUAUAAGACCAGAUGAAGAAUCCUGCCGGUUCAGGACAAAGGCCAAUCUAGCCCAGCAUCUCAGUGGCCAACUAGAUGUCCCUAUCAGGAAACCCACAAGCAGAAUCUGCAGGUAACCAUGCUCUCUCCCAUUGUGAGCCCCAGCAACAGGCAUUUGGAGCCCUCCUGCCUGCAACAGGGGAGGUGCAACACAACCAUUGUGGCUAGCAGCCAUUGACAGCCUUACCCUCCGUGAAUUUGUCUCACCUUCUUUUAAAGCCAUCAGGACCUCUUGUGGGAGUGAAUUCUAUAGUUUAGCUCUGCGCUGUGCUUUCUUUUGCCUGCCCUGAAUCUGAAGGCUCAUUGGAUGGGCGCGAAUAUUAUGAAAUCCACUUCAUCCAUGACAGUCGGCAUUUUAUACACCUCUAUGUGCCCCCAUUACUCACUCCCCCACCCCAAACUUAAAAGUUCCUCCUCCCUACCCCUUUCCUCCUAGGGUUUCCAUCACCACUCCUUGAUUGUAACAUGUUUUAUGUCUCCUGUGCACAAAAAACAGUGUGUGUGUGUGUGUGCGCGCGCGCGCGUGUUAAGCAUGAUUUCAAAACUGCAAGCCUUCAAUGAUUUUUUAGAUACAGCUGAAAAGCCUGAAACUGUUUGCUUGCAAAAUAAUUGGGGGGGGCAAAGGGGUGUGAAUAGCCUUUUGUCUCCUUCCCUGAUGCUGAUGCUAGGAACUGCAACAGCUUUGCUCUCUCCUCCCUCUCUCCUCCCCCCUCCCCAUAACACCCUGACUCCAACUGCUCCAUCUGCUUGCCUGGAAUGCUUCCCGCAAUUGGGAUGCCUGCAGAAAGAAAAGGAUUAGGGGGAAAUCCAGUCCCACUGAGGGAUCAGCCUGAGAGGUCACUCAGAAACACCAGGCUGUGCACCGGUUAAGUUGGGCUCCGUUUAACUGGAAUGUGAAAUUCCCCUCCUGGCCUUCAUCUCAAUCUGCCUAGGUGAGAUUCAUACUGCUGUGUAGUUCUUUUAAAAAGCACCUUCCAGUUAAGCAGCUGCAUCCAGAUGCCACUACUACAAGGGUGGGACUCUGUAGCCUCCCAGAUGUUUCUGGACUCCAACUCCCAUCAUUCUUGAUCAUGGGCCAUGCUAGCUGAGUCGGAUGGGAGCUGGAGUCCAACAGCAUCUGGAAGACCACAACAAGAUGUACUACAAGAUGCAGGGAUGAUGGCUGUCAACCUAGAUGGCUUUAAAAGGGGAUUAGGCCAAUCCCUGGAGGAAAAGGCUAUCGAUGGCUGCUUGUCAUCCUGACUACACUUUAUCUCCAGUAUCAGAGGCAUUGCUAAGCUAAUUAACACAUCGCCAUUGAAGGAUUCUCUCCCCCUUCAGUGGAUCUGCCAAGCUUCCUUUUAAAGCAGUCAGUAAAGCACGUGACUCUUGAUCUCAGGGCUGUGGGUUUGAGCCCCACAUUGGGCCAAAGAUCCCUGCAUUGCAGAGGGUUGGCCUGGAUUACCCUUGCAGUCCCUUCCAACUCUACCAUUCUGUGAGUCAUUGAAGGCAUCACCGCAUCUCCUGGCAGUGUGAAUUCCAUAAGCCAAAGGCGCACAAUGUGAAGAAGUCCUUUUGUCUUUCCUGAAUCUAAUGUCCAUCAGUGCCAUCACGCUCUACUGUUACAGUGGUACCUCGAGUUAAGUACUUAAUUCGUUCUGGAGGUCCGUUCUUAACCUGAAACUGUUCUUAACCUGAAGCACCACUUUAGCUAAUGGGGCCUCCCACUGCCGCUGGAGCACGAUUUCUGUUCUUAUCCUGAAGCAAAGUUCUUAACCCGAGGUACUAUUUCUGGGUUAGCGGAGUCUGUAACCUGGAGCGUAUGUAACCUGAAGCGUAUGUAACCCGAGGUACCACUGUACAGGGUUAGGGGAAAACCUGUCUCCACAACUGCUUCUGCCCACUUCCUGCAAAGGCAAAAUAUAUGGGAGGAGAUAAGUGAGCCUUCUUUGCUGAGUAAAGAGCUCUUACACCUUUCAGUAAAAUGAUCCCCUGCGCACAUUCUUGUGCUUUUAGAUUUUUUUUAACCCAUCCAGUUCCUACAGGGUGACAUUAUAAAUUACAGUAAAGGACUUAAAUGUAGGGCGCUUUGUUUUUUUCUAUUGAAAAACUAGCUAUCCUUGCAAGGAAUCCCCUAAUAAUCUCUUAACAGAAAAGUCUUGCCAUCAUUCUGGGAAAAACAGAAGGCUGGGCCACCAAGGACACCUCCUUGAUGUCUUCACUUGCUAUGUGGAAGGUGCCCUUACAAGGCUAUCCUUGCACACUGUAGCCAACCCAUCAGAACCCUGGUUUCAAUAGGUGCACCAGUGAACAGCACACAAAACACACAUGCCACUAAAAUUGAGAUGAUGCCACUUGUGCUGCAAACCUCUGCUCCACAAGUGCAAUAGCAGCCUGAAGGUGCUGCCUUUAGGCCAGGCCUGUGCAACUACAAUGUUUGGGGUAGAUACUUUCCAGAUGUUGUUGGACUACAGCUCCCAUCAUGCCUGAUAAUCGGUCGUGCUGGCUGGGGUUGACAGAAAUUGGAUUCCAAUAACAUCUGGAGGGCGCUUUGUCAGUUCCCCUGUGAUGAAAAGUGGGGCGGGGGAGGGGGGAGUUGAUAAAAUGCCUGACCACAGAAGAGCCACAGAGAUAGUGUCUGGGUAGAACGCAUAGGCUAUCCAGUGAACUCAGCUGUUUUGGAGACUUAAAACUGAACAUCUGGAUAACACCCCCGCUCUUGCGCACCGAACAUGCUCAUGUGCAGCUCCCGUCCAUUGCGCUGUGGCUUGUGCUCAAGAAGUUCGCCUUCGGAGGGGAGAGGCUUUGGCAAAUAUCGCAGUGUAAGUCCCAUGUAAUCCAGGGAGUCAAAAGGUGAUUUUAAGCCGUCUGCAGCUUGUUGGAAGCAGGCAGCUCAUCCCCAAAGGCGGGUAGGGAGAGUGGUAGAGGGAAGGUGAAACAUGCAUAUUCUGGAGAUGUAGGGAGGGCACGGACAUGUGGGGAAGAGGAGGAAGAAUACUUGUUCGCUUAUCCUGAGCUCAUCUGCAGAGCCAAGUAGUGCCUUCCAAUCCUUUCCUAAUGGCUGCAAGCCAUCACCACCUUAAUCCAUCAUUAGCUGGGCAUAUUUCAGAUCUGAGCCAACAGUGAAUUGGUGUGCGUAUGGCAGCGGCGGGUUGGGGGGAGAGAGAGAGACUUCUCUCGCUUGCAUGCUUCCCCUUAUUCCCAUGCCAUCCUUGCUGCUGCCUGUGUGUAAUUAACAGAGUAAUUAAAAACAGGAUGAGUUAAUUGGUAUUCAUUUAUGUGGCAGAUGUUUUUAAUUGAGAUACGAAACAAUUUACCUGUUUAUAUAAACAAUAGUGAACGAAGGCUUGUAAAACAGGGUGUUUUUCCUUCCACAUUCAGCAGGGUCUGAGCCAUCUCUCCCAGCUCCUUUUCAUCAGGCCUGAGGCCAAACUGAUGGAGAGCACCUGGGGGUUGUGGAUGGUGCCAGGGACUGAGGCUCCGUUCCAAAUAUGUGUUCUUCCCCUUUCUUAAUUGCAUGCCAGCUACAGGGAUGUUGUUACAGGGUGACAGAGCAGGGCUGGACCCUGGAUCUUUUCCACUGGUCCCCAGAUCAGCUGCUGCUUCCUCCCUCCCUUAAAAAAAGAGAGAGGCUGUUUUAAAAAUUAGCUUUGCUUACAGGGCUGCUGUAAGCAGGCGUCCACAUAUGCAAAAAGAGCCCAAACAUUGAUGCAUAUUUGCAUUAAAAAUUGCAUAUGCUGAUCUAUGUGCGUAAAGGCAGAUUUAGAAGCAAUUAAUAACCUUUAAAUGGAAAAGCUAGGUGGUGACAGGUGAGCUGCCUGCCUGCUCAGUCAGCCGUCUAGGCACUCAUAGUUGUGGAGGCAGCUCCCUGCUCUUCCUUUUCCACGCUUCUUCAGGUUUAAACUGGACUUGGGCUGAACAGUCCUUCAGAUAGAGGACUGUCUUCCGCAGAGUAGGACACACAGCCACUCUGGAUGCAUCAUUGCAUGUAAUGGUCAAGGUUUGUAAAGGCAAAAGCUGGGUAUAGUGACCAGAAUAUCAACAAGACAUGGAGGGGAGACUGGUCGAGUCUCCUUUGGUUUUCAGAGGCCAGAGAAGGCAGAUAGCAAGGUGUAGGCAUUGGAGGCUGACAACCUAAUACUUUACAUUCCUAUUCAAAAAUAAUCCCCAACUGAGGGGCUUCCUCCCAAGACAGGAUUGCAACUUAAGUGUCACAAUAUGAAGACCAUAAGAAGCACCAUGCUGAGGGACCAUUUAGUCCAGGGGUCAGCAAAGUUUUUGUGGUUUGGGCCAGUUCAUGGUCCCACAGACACCGCAGUGCGUGCACGCGCAUGCACACAUGCACGCACACACAAAUGCUAUUUCCAGUGUGGAGGAGGAGUGCGCAGCUUCCCAUUGGCUGCAGGAGCUUUCUGCAGCCAAUAGGAAGCCAGCCAGCAUCGUGGAAGGCGGUCCCCGAGGCCAAGCAGGCGGCAGGGGUCCAUGGGCCAGUUAAACGACCCCCAUGGGGCGCCUGUGGCCUAUGGGCCUUAGGUUGUCGACCCCUGAUUUAGUCCUCCCUCUGGUAUCCAGAGGAAUGUUGAUUUGAGCUGGUGAACCAAAUGUUUAGUUUCUUUUUCCUUGGCACAUAGGAAGCCACCCUUUGCGGAGCCAGACCAUUAAUCCAUCUUGCUCAGUCUUGCCCACACUGACUAGCAGGAGCUCUCUAGAAUUUCUGUCAGCCGUCUACCAUAGUCGUAUUUGGAGAUGCUGGAGAUUGAACGUGUAUGUAAACAGGUGUUCUACCACUGAUAGCUAGGCCCCACUUGUUUGCAUGGAGUGUUUGACUAUCCAUGCCACAGAGGCCAGAAAGACCUGAUAUAUUAUCCAUGAAAAAAAAGGGGGGGAUCUUGCCCACCCCAAUUGCUUUUCUUGUUCAGAAGGUCUUCCUCCCUCCUGGUGCAGCUCUAGGGCCCAUCCAGGCUGUGGCUCUGUUUUUGGAUGGGAUUCAGUCAUAUACUGGCAAGUUCAGAUGUCAAAAUUAAAGUUGAUUGGGAGCUCUUGUGCAAGGAAACCAGACUUUAGCAAUAAGGAAAAGUGAUAGAGGGGGUUGUACUGGAAAGUGUGGGAUGGCAACUGCUUGAUGCAAGGUCAUAUGAUCUCCCUGCCGAAAAAUCACAGUGAAUGCUUGGUAAACAGGCGGCACUGUAUAAUCUCCCUGCAAAUUUUGUGCAAAUAAAUGAAGACAAGUUCUCAGCUAACAGUUUGCCUUGGAGUGACCCUACUUUGAAUGGAAGGUCUGACCUUUGGUGUUUGUAUGUGUGUUUGUGUGUUGCGACUUCCUAGCCACGGGCAGCUACAUGGCUUCUGCCUCUGCCGGAAAGGGGUUCAGCACACCUCAGUUUUCCCAGAGUCACGGCCCGCAGCAGAUAAGAAAUGUGAUAGUGAAACAUUUGGCUAUUGCUGGAAAGAGGCCUUGGCAGCCUGCCGGCAAAGACCAGAUGGCUGGAAGCCCAGCUGCGGGGAGAGCAGGCUGGUCUCAGGUGUGCUAAGUCCUCAAUCGGUCCCAGGAAGACUUGGCAUCACAUCCUAAUGAAUAUCGAAGAGGGGGCAAGAAGCACCGUCUUUGCUCUUUAACACUGUGAUUUUCCAUUUCAGCAGAUACUGAAUCACUCCUGUCAAGCCCUGCGCUGAUACUGGGAUGCUGAGCAUCUCCUAAUAGCUCUGUGGGUUUUGAAUUCCCAAAAGGAAGGAAGGAAGGAAGGAAGGAAGGAAGGAAGGAAGGAAGGGGUGUAUCUUCCUCUCCAGUCCCCAGGACAGGUUAGAAAGAGAAAUUCUCUGGCACAUUUUUCAUGGCCUGUGCAAGAAAGAGAAGGGAAGCUUUUGCUUCUGUGCCCACUUUAUGCCAGGUCCCCAGUCUCUUUUCCCUUUGUCUCCCUUUAAUUCCCCACUUUGCUUCAUGCCCCUUCUUGCACCAUUCAUUUAUAGUUCAGUCCACAGCAUCUCCAGGUAGGUCUGGGAUUGCCCCUGCCUAAAAUCCUGGAGAGCUUCUGCCAGUCAGAGUAGAAUCCACGCAGUGCUGAGCCUGAUGGACCAACGGUCUCACUUGGUAUAAUGCAGCUUCUCGUCUACUGCAUGUCCCCAUUUUUCUGAAUCCCCUUGCAUCCAUUUCCUCAAAGGACUUCCUCAAAGAGUUGCCCCACACCUCCCUGCUUUUCCUCACUGUAGUCAAAUUACGCCUGCAAACAGCGUAUUCUGAACCUCCCAGUUAUAUGGAGCAUCAUUUAUCUUUGAUCACAUCCCUCAUACACCUAGUCAGACCACUGGUCCCUCAUCAGUAUUGCCUGCACUCACUAACAGCUGCUCUCUGGGGCCUUCAGACAGGGCUUUCCCCCAGCCCUAACUGGAAAUACCAGGGAUUGAACCUGGAACCUUCUUCAUGCAAGGCAGCUGCUCUGCCACUGAGCUAUGACCCUGAAGGGAGAGCACAGACACUUCGGCUUGGCAUGUAGCUUGUUCUGCAUCAGCUACUUAUGAUGCUGCAGGAUGUAACCCAGAGUUUGGUCACCUCCACACCAUACACUUAAACUGCGUGGCUUCCCUGCAAAGAGUAUCCUGGGAACCAUAGUUUACCCUCACAGUCCUAGCACCCUAAACAAUCUACAGUUCCUGGGGUGGGAGUCCUGGGCUUUUAAUGUGUUUCUAAGGCAUGGUGCAGCUGUUGGAAGCUUCCACCAGCCCUGUUUUUCGGGGGCCAUGGGCAGGUGGGCAGAGCUGAUGUGCCCCAGCUGCCUAUGGGGGGAGUGAAAAUAGAGGCGAGGUGGCCCAGAGGUGCCAAGGGCAGCAGCUGCCUAGCUUUGGAGAUGCACUCCAGUCAUUCCAAAGAAACGAAAGGAAAACAAGGAAGGAGACCGCGUUGUUUUCCUUAACAGGGAAAGGCUGCUGGAGGAGCCUGGCACUGGGUCCAGCUGCCCCAGCUGUGGGGGGAGGAGGGGGCUCCUGAGGAAGGUUUGGGAGACAGGCUGAGCCCCCUCCCCCAUCUUUUCCCACAUGGAGUGGUCUGCAGUUCAUCCCCAGUUUGCCGCCAGCACUGAGUGCUUGAGCUAACAUGAUCCAGAUGGAGCAGCUCCGUCCCUGGUGAGCAUAUCGGGGAGUUGUUCUUGGCCCUGCUGGCACCGGCAGCUGAAGAGCAGGAAUGCACAGCCUUUAUUUGGAAGGAGGCAGUGGACCCAGUGCUCCCCCCUACCCCCACAUCUGGAUUUCAUUUGCAGAGCAUGAAACGAUGCUGGGAUUUCAGGCCAGUGCCGGUUUAACCCUUUCCUCCUGCCUCCCUUCCUCCCUCAGGGUCAGAAGAGGGGAAAGGGGAGGAAGAAAGAGGGAAAGGACUUUUCCCCCUCCCCAAGGAUGUUUUGCUCCUGGUGGCCGAGGCAUAGGGUCCAAGACAGUCUUCCCUAACUUGGAGCCCACUUGAAGUUUUGGACUAAAACGGCCAGCAGCCCCAGCCAUCUGGUGGGCAGCAAGUUGGAGCAGCCUGGCCUAAGACGUCUCUCCAUGCAUGCAUCCUGAGCAUAGUUAAACUAUGGGAUUUGUUCCCACAAGAGGCCGGGGUGACCAUCAACCUGGUUGGCUUUAGAAGAAGAUUAGGCAAAGUCAUGGAGGAGAAGGCUACCAAUGGCUACUGGGUAUGAUGGUGAUGUUCUAUCUCCAUGGAUGGAGGCAGUAAGCCUUUCAAUACCAGUUUCUGGCAAUCACAAGUGGGGAGAGUUGCUGCAGCAUGCAGGUCCUGCUUGCAGGCUUCCCCUAGGCAACUGGCUGACUACUUUGGGAAACAAGAUGCUGGCUUAGAUGCGUCUUUGGCCAGCAGUUAGGCUCUUCUUAUAUUCUGCAAAGGGUGGGGCUGGAGCACAAUGCUCAGACUGCACCAUGGGCGUAACCAGAUUUUUUGUUAGGGGGGCAGGCUUUUGUUAGGGGUGGGGGCAGAACCUCAGCUUUGUCUGGAUUGGGGGGCAGCUGCCCCUUUGGCAGCUGCACAUGGGCUGCACAUGGCUGCUUUAACAUUAACCUGGAAAAGACUGCUACCCCAAAGUCAUUGCUUCGGUUUCAUGAGGACUGGGAGGGUCAAGCCAUCAAAUGCAAUGCAGCUUCUAGCAAGCCAUUUGCAGGGCUACAGUGAGACUGGGUUGAUUUAUGCAGGCACCUAGGCUGUGCAAAUCCAACAGAAUGAGGAGGUGGAAACCUGAGAUGUUAGAGUGGGCUAUACGAUUUCAGGAUGCUGGUGUGAGGGUGGGUAUAGAGUGCUUUCCUAUGAAAUUAUUAUUAUUAUUAUUAUUAUUAUUAUUAUUUUGUGAAUAAUUCUCCUUUCACACUGAAAGCUAGUGCAGCAGGGAGUGAUCUGGGCUGACACCAAUGGGCUAGAUCUUUACUUGCAGGGAAUUUGUGUGCCUUUUGGGUUUGGGUUUUAACUGCUGCUACCUGCCUUCAGCCUGAAGCAGUACAGUUGCCUUCACCAGCUCAGGGUUCUUCCAGCUUACUCUGCAGCAUGUGCUGCUCCACUACAAGGUGCAAGCUGAAAUGAUACAGGAGAUGACUGUAAUACCUGACCGGAAUGUGUCCUUAAGCCCUGAUAAUGCCUCUUGCUUCCUUGCAUGGAGGGUAGAGAGGGCUGUGUGAGCAUGUAUAGACACAAGCCUACUGCACAAAGGGAAAAAAUUGCAUGCACUGCUCAACCCACUUUUGCCUCUGGCCCCACCCACCUCUGGCAUGUGGCCUCCAAAUGGUUGCCUGGAAAGGAAAGUGGCCCUUUGAGCUGAAAAAGGUCUACCACCUAACACUCUGACCCACAAUGCUGGUCUCACAAUCGUUACCUCCUGGGGUAUAAUAGACUGACCGGACCCCAGUCAAGGAUGUAGCAGAUUAGACUGUCAGAUUUGGCCAUGCCUUGAACACAAUCUGUCCUCUAUUAUAACCACCGUGUGGACACCCUCUGGUAUUGCUUCCAGCUGCUGGCUGGGGGCUGAAAGGAGCCCAGCUGCAAUGGAUGAAACCCACCCUUGACUGAAGCAAACCUUUCAAUCACAGUGGAAUGAAUGAGGAGGGGGAAGGUGGGGUGGGGGAGAGAGAGAGAUUGGGAAUUGCCCUUCUGUUCCCACUGGGAGGUGCAGGGUGAGGAUGGGCGGCCCCCUCAGUCUGGAGGAGGAGAAAAAUAGAAAUCCUUUCAUUUUUAGAUCCUUGCCUUCUCUGCCUAAGCUCCGCAGCUGCUAAUGGAAACCAGAUGUCAGAAGGCAGACACACAGCUCUCCGCAGUUGGGACAAAUUAUUCGGCUCUUUUCCUCUUCCCAGCCCCACUCCCCAAUUCCUUUCCCACCCCGAGUAAGAGGCAGCUCAUUCCUUCAGCCUCUGAGCCAUCGUGGGGAAUCGUGGUGACAUUUAGAACUCCUGCUUUAAACAAAGGAGAAGCGAAACUCAUUCCCAACAUCUCAAUAUGAGAGCGUUUUAGGUUUGGGGUUUUGUUUCUGCAGGCACCCCCUUUCAGUUCAUGCACAGGAUCUCCACUCUGCACCAUUAAGUCCCCAUCACGAUUGCUAAUCUUGCACAGACUGUGCAUAAACUGCUUGGACUUGGAUGGCUGAAGCCAGGGCUCCUAAGGAAUCGGCCCAGUGUGCAAGCAAGCAAAAAGAAGCUCAGAAAAUCAUCACGGCAGGCGAGGUUCCUGAAAUCGAAGGGAAAUGACACAAAUUCUCAUUGGUGCAAACGAGGCUGGCACCUCUCCAGUACAAUCCUUAACAUGCUGCUUUAACACAUGGCUCGUUGUUAUCAGGCAUGUAUAUAUGCCACUUUGCAAGCACGCACGCACACGCACACACAGCCACAGAACUCAGCACCGUGAGAUUCUUAACAAGCUUCUAGCUCUCAUGGGUCAUGCUAGGCAAAACCUCCAAAGCUGGAGAGAAGGUGGAGGGGAGUAAGAUUAUCAGGGAGCAAGAGUUCAAAGCUCAUUGCCCUAUGCCGUCCUUUGAGGGUUGAGAGAAAGAGGUCAUAGCUCAGUGGAGGAACACCUAUUCUUUUAACUUGAGGAAUAAAUAAAUAAAUGCUUCAAACAUUGUAGGACUGAUCCCUGGCACAGAUUCUGGAGAGAAGCCCAGGUGAGCACGAGCUCAAAACAGAAGGUCUUUUGGUUAGAGUGGCACCAUAGCUCAGGCUUCCCUUGAUGGUGCAAAUAGGCUGGCUUCUGGAGAGGAGCUUGACACCUACUCUGCUCCGCCCCCAGCUUUUUAGUUUGGCACAGGUUGGCAGCUAAGCCGAGGUUGGGCUAGCAGAUUCACCCCAUGCAUUUACAGCACAUCCAGUGUGCGUUUAAAACAUGCAACUUCCCCCUAAAGAAUACUGGGUUCUGUAGUUUGUUAAGGGUGCUGGGACUUGUAGCUCUGUGAGGGGUGUCACCAGUAUGUGGGUAACACGCAGCUCUACUUCUCCGUAACAUCAGGAGAGGCUGCGAAAGCUCUGGAUUGGUGUCUCAGUGCCAUGGUAGGCUGGAUGAGGGCCAAUAAACUGUGCUUGAAUCCUGGGAAGAUAGAAGCUUUUGGAGUGGGUGGUACCCAUGUCUGGGAGAUAGGCAGGUUACCUGUUCUGGAUGGAGUUACACUCCUUAUGAUGGAGCAAGUGCAUAGCUUUGAGGGUACUCCUGAAUACAUCUUUGCCACUUGAGGUCAAGGUGUCCUCUGUGGCUAGGAUUUCCUUUGACUGGCUUCGUCUGGUUCACCAGCUAUUGAGUUCCUGGACAGGGAUAGCCUGUAGCCCAUGUGUUGGUAACCUUGAGGCUGGAUUACUGCAAUGUUCUGUGUGUGGGGCUGCCCUUGGACCUGGUUUGGAAGCUCCAGCUCUGGUGCAGAAUGUGCCGGCCAGAUUGCUGGUGGGGCAUCUGACUGACAACACGUGACUCUGUUGCUACAGCAUCUUCACUGGCUGCCCAUCUACUACCAAGCCUCUUUCAAGGUCCUUGGAUUAAUUUACAAAGCUCUGGACAACUUAUGCCCAGGGUGCGUCAGGGAGCACCCAAGCCCUUAUAUCCCAGGUCGAACACUGAGAUCAUCUGCAGGAGCGUCGCUGGCCAUUUGUCAAGUAGGCGAGGCUCAUGUGACAGCAACAAGAAACCGAGCCUUUAAGUGUCAUUAGUUCAGUAUUGUGGAAUACUCUGCCAACAGAGAUUCAGCAGGCACUUUCUGUUUCAAUUUUUAAAUGCCUGCUGAAUCCUUUCCUAUUCUAUCAGGCUUAUGCAAGCAAUUAAGAAUACAUUUUUUCCACAAUAGUUAGCUGAUUUCUGAUUUUAACUUUUUAGAUUGUUUUAUUGUGUGGUUUGAUGUACAACUGUUGUAAACCACUGUGAUAUUUUUUUUAAAGGAAUAGCAGCAUAUCAUUUUUUAAAUAAACAAACAAACUUCAGUUCUCGGGAUUCUUUGUGCAAAGCCAUGGGCUUUAAAUGUGCAUUGGAUGUGCUUUAAAUGUAUGGGGUAGAUCUGCCUAACUUGGUGCCUUGUACUAACGUGGGAUUGUAGGUAAGAUCUCUCCUCCUUAACCCUGAUCUGUAGCCGUGGUUUGGGCUAUGGUUAAGGAAUGACAUUAACCACGAUCCUGGGUCAGAGAACAUACCAGUCCAAACCUUGGCUGGGCUGUGGCACCUGAAACACCUAGUGAGAAGCAGCCUAGUAAAAUUAAGAAAUGCUUCUGCAUGUUGAAAAACUGAAGGACUGGUGAACCUUUCCAGGGAGAUGCUCCACAGCUGGGAUGUCACAAGUGAGAAGUCCUGCCUUGGAUCACUGGUACCACACCUCCAAAAGCGGACAGAGGGACUUACAGGAGGACCAGUGUCACUUAGUGGUUAGAAUAAAACUCAGCUAUGGAUCUCCCUGGGUGAUGCAAGUCCCUUACUCUCUUUCUCUGCUUCAGCCUAACCUACCUCACAGGGUUGUUGUAGGGGGUCAAACUGUGGUUGGAUGAGAAGGAGAGAAGCAUGUAUACUGUCUGGAUCUCCUUGGACAAAAGGCAAGAUAUAAAUAUAAGAAGUGUUGCAGGUUGCUACAUUAAUAUUGUGAAUCAGCCUUUCCAUUGUGGUUUGCAACUGCCUGAUCAGAGUCUGGGAUCAGACAAAAGAAUGUUAAUAUUCCUUAAUGGUCCAGGAAGGGCAGCUUUUAUCUCUAUAUGGAAGCUAAUUGCUCAAAGUGGCUUCUUGAUAGGGAGGCAUCUCUGGAAUGCGUGGAAUGGAGAAGGAGAUCAGAGCUUGAAAGGUGACCCUCUGCAUCCCCAGCAGAGGAGAUGAGGGUGGGAGAGGGAGGUGCCAGUGUGCCCUACUUUGCAGAGGACAGUCCUGUUUGAAGGGCUGCCCCCAUCAAAGCGCAAUAGAAAAAGAACUCUAGGAAGGGCUAGCAGCUGGGACUCUGAAGUUGCACAACAGCCCUGCACGGCAGACCAGGCAGGUGUCACACAGAUCACCUGAGCCCUUACAUUCCAGCCCGAUCAAUGAGAUCAUGGGUAGGCAAAGUAAGACCCGGGGACCGGAUCCGGCCCAAUUGCCUUCUAAAUCCGGCCCACGGAUGGUCCGGGAAUGUGCAUGUUUUUACAUUAGUAGAAUGUGUCCUUUUAUUUAAAAUGCAUCUCUGGAUUAUUUGUGGAGCCUGCCUGGUGUUUUUACAUGAGUAGAAUGUGUGCUUUUAUUUAAAAUGCAGCUCUGGGUGAUUUGUGGGUCAUAGGAAUUAGUUCAUUUCCCCCCCAAAAAAUAUAGUCUGGCCCCCCAAAAGGUCUGAGGGACAAUGCACCGGCCCCCUGCUGAAAAAGUUUGCUGAACCCUGAAUGAGAUCAUCUGGAAGAAUGCUGUUAGCUGCCCCCCAUAUCACAGAGGCCCAACUGGCCUCAACCGGUGAUUCCAUGCUGUGGAGAAUCGGUAGGCACCCCUGCUUUUAACUGUGAGACAUCUGCUGAAGACCUUUUUAUGCUGACAGGCCUGUGCAGUUGUUUACAAUUUUCUUGAGUCAUUUGAACGAUUGUUCGACAUUUAAUCUCACGCUACUGGGCAGCACUCUGAUCUUUUGUAAGGAUAGGGAAGAGAAAGUAUGUCUUUACACUGGCACAUAGUUCAAACUAUGGAACUCGCUUCCAUGGGAGGCAGCAUGGGCGUAGCCAGGACUUGGGGGGGGCAGGACCGAUGUGAUUGGUCAGUCAGUUAAGUAUUUCUAUUGUUUUAAUUGAUGCCCCCGUCACCCGCCCACUCUUGGCUACACCCAUGGGAGGCAGUGAUGGCCACUAACCUAGAUGGGUUUUAAAACAGGAUUGGACAUAUUCAUGGAGGAGAGGGCUAUCAAUGGCUAUUGGCCAUGAUGGCUGUCCUCUGCCUCCAUAGUUGGAGGCAGCAAUUCUUCUGAAUAGUAGUUGCUGGAAACCACAGAAGGGGAGAGUGCUCUUGUGCUUGGGUCCUGCUUGCAGGUUUCCCAGAGGCAUCUGUUUGGCCACUGUGAGAACAGGAUGCUGGACUACAUAAGCCAUAGGUCUGAUCCAAAGGGCUCUUCUUACGUUCUUACAUAAGAGGGCAGUACAUAAAUACUUUUAUCAAAAACAUGCUGUGCUCCAGUUCAGGCCCUGACCAUUAAGCCAGCCAGUCUCCGAUCUUGCAUCCUUUUGGAUGCAGACUGCAGCAUCCCAUUUCCCAGCUGCAUUGGCUCUUCUUGCCAUCUCCCAGAUCCACUACCUCCUUGCUGUCUCUCAAGGAUGACAGGACUCUGGACAUGCCAGGGCUUCUGUGGGCUCCCAUCUGCUGUGUGAGGCUCUCAGCUGCUGUUUGGCUCUGCGCUGUCACUCAGGACAGUAUUUAUAAAUAAAGCAGGAAGCAUGGGGGGGGGUCAGCGGCCCCGCACCAUGCCAGGCUCCAUUCUCAGGCAUCGAUAGUCGCAGGAAUGCUGUCAUCAGUCAGAGCGAUGCACAGUAUUUCACAUGAUGCUUCUCACCCCUCAACACUUCCAAAAACAGCACGGGAUAGCAGAGAGGAGUGGAACAUUUAUAGGAGCAGACCAGCCUGGAAACAAACAGGAUCUGGGCCCCAGAAGGACUUUGUACUCUGCCAAAGUUUGAUGCUAAGGCUGAGCCCUGGAAUAUUUUAAAUGACAGUGUUUAGCCCUGAGACAUGCAAGCAUGUGCAGAGUGCAGUGGCUCUCCCAAAGGUCUGGGAUCAAGGUGGAAGUUUUCCCAGGCUGAAAGUCCAACGUCUUGCAAGUUGUUGCCAUUAAAGGAAUUUAUAUACCAACUUACUUUUCAGAGGGGGGAAAUACCAAGGCAGUUCACACACACAAAAAUAAUAAGAAUAAACCAAUUAUCGAAAAUACAUUAAUUAAAAUACAUACAAACGCAAUGACGUUAAAACAUCCGUAUUUAAAAUAUAAAAUAAACAAGGCUUUCAAAACAGCAUAACAGUUAAAACAACAAGCAAAGCAGGAGACUCAAGCUGGGAAAUUCUUAUCUAACCAGGUGUGUCUUCAAGGAGCAGCAGAAUGACAGUACGGAUGGGACCUCCGGUAUCUUAGCAGACAGGGAGAGCAUUCCACAUCACUCACACCACCAAUGACAAAGCCUGCUUCUGUGUUACCACAAGCCAAUAAUCAUCAGGCCAUGGCAAAAAAAAAAAAAGUUUGCAUCUCUUGCACUCUCAAGUGGAUUAGAAAUUCAACAGUAAAUCUCGGUCUGCACAGAGUCAGGAAGGGGACAUAGCUCAGCAGGAGACAUUUUUUAAAACGUGCACAUUUAUUGUGUUUUGCGGACUGGUCCCCGUUCAGUGGGAGAGCACCUGCUUUGCUUGCAGAAGGUCCCAGGUUGAAUCACAGCAUCUGCAGGUAGAGCCGGGGGAAACUCUUCUUUUACUUUGGACCAUGGAGAUGCUGCUGUCAGUAAGAGCUGAAAUGACUGAGCUAGAUGAGCCAAUGGUCUGACUUGACAUAAGAGGAUUGUAGCUCAGUGGUAAAGCAGCUGCUUCACAUACAGAAGAUCCAGGGUUCAGUCCCUGGCAUCUCCACUUGGGAUGGGGUGAGAAUGGACCAUGAUUGCAACCCUGAAGAGCCACUGAUGAUUGGUGUCAACAGUGCUGAACCAGGUGGAUGAAUGGCCUGGCUCAAUAUAAGGCAGCUUCCUAUGUUCCCAUUAAAUGAGCCCCUUUUCUUUCAGCAUCACGAGGGCUGGAGUCCUACUUUAAUUUUAGGGGAAAGGGUGUAGCUCAGUGGUAGAGCACAUGCUUCAAUCCAGGGCAUCUCCAGGUAGGACAAUUCUAAGCCUGGGAGAGACUCCUCUCUGAAAUCCUGGCAAGCUGCUGUCAGCCAGCACAGGUAAUAUUGUCCUAGGUGAUCAGCUUCCUGUCUUCCUAUGCAGCUUCCCGUAAGGCAGCUUCCUUUGUCCCCAUGCCGCUCAGAUAGACAAAUAGCUUCCUGCAUUUCACGCAAUGAGCCUCGGCUCUAAAUGGGAAUGACCCUUUUGCUCUCCUCCCGGCCUCAAGCACUUUGGGUUUGCAUUCAAGCAAACUUUCACAGUGAAAAUUGACUUUUCCAAGUGCAUUGUGGGGAGAUCCAGAAUGCUCCCUCUAGCUCAGGAUUGCCUACACUGACUGGCAGCUGCUCUCCAGUAUUUCAGGCAGCAGACAUUCCCUUUCCUACCUGGAGAUGCUGGGGAUUGAACUUCUGCAUGCAAAGGACGCUCUGUCACUGAGCUCCAGCACUUCCCCAGAUCUGAAUGUCUGAUGAGCCAUGGUUGCCCCAUCCAGGGCUGCUCAUUGGACUGGCUUGCCUAAGAAAUGCUGCCUGCAGAGCACAUAUAUUCCCUAUUCCCUUUGCAGAAGUCUGCAUACAUUGGAGAGAGAAACGGGUGCCUAAAUCCCAGCCCCAUGAUGUUGUGCCUUGUUUUCUCUGUAUGCUGGCCAAACUUUGCAGCAACCAUAAUAUAUGUCCUUUGUGUUGUCUCACAGUCCCUGCACAACAUCUUUCUGCCCCCAAACCUUUCCUGUGUGAAACUAGCUAUUCCUUACCUCGUGGCUUGGUUCCCUUGGGUGUGUUUCGCUCAGACAUGUCUGGUGCACAUUUCCACCACUGUCAGCUGCUUCUGCGAAGCAAUUGCAGCCGGGGGAGACACAGCCAGCAUUUUGCCUAGAGAAAAAGAAUAACAACCGAAAAAGGCAGGCGGACUUUGCAAGCAGAAAGAUCUGCUUUCUGUUUGACCCUAACACACAUUCCAACUGUCCCUAUUAACCAAAGCAUACUGUUCUCAGGCUACCAUGUCUAUUUCAAACUUGACCCAGAUCUAUUUCAGUCUGUUGGUUCCCAAACUGUGGUCCGUGAAAGACAUCCAGGUGAUCCACAGCAUGUGUGUAAAAAUACAGGUAAAAAACAUACAACGUCCAGCACGAUGCAUCACAAUUGCUGCAGCAGGCAGAAAAUAAUGAAGAGGUCAGUCAAGACCCUCAGCAAUUAAAAUUGAACCUAUUUGAACCCUCUGACCCACUGAAAUCAAUGAACCUACGUUAAUUAUGCCCAUUAACUUCAGUGGGUCUAUGCAUGGUCAGAACGCUCCAAGGCUUCCGUGAUAAAAGGAACCUAUUUUGGACGUUGCUCAGAAGUGCUGUGACUUGGCAUAACUCUGCAGCCUGAACUCUGUGGAAUUGCAAACAGGUUCUGGGGCUGAGCCCCUGGGUUGACUUGGCUCACAUUUUAAGGGCAGGUCCAAACCAUAAAUUUAAAACACACCUGACACACAUUUAAAGUGCAUGACUUCCCCCCAAGGAACCUGGGAACUGUAGUUUGUUAUGGGUUUGGGGAGUUGUGGUUCUGUGAAGGUAAAAUACCGUCGCCAGGAUUCUUUGGGAGAAGUCAUGUGUUUUUAAUGUUUUGAUUAUAUUUAUGCUUUUUAUAUGUGUUGGAAGCUGCCCAGAGUGGCUGGGCAACCCAGCCAGAUGAACGGGGUAUUAUUAUUAUUAUUAUUAUUAUUAUUAUUAUUAUUAUUAAAAUGUCUAGUGUGGAUCUGCCCUAAGCCCUGUGUCUGGUGUAACCAUGGCGGGAAAAGAUUAAGACAACUUUGUGGCAUGUAACCUCCACCCCCCUCCCGCCGCCGCUGCAGAGAGGACAGGCCUGCUUUGCAAUGCCAGGAAAGGCUUCGGAGCCAAAGGGACUCCAAGCAAGGCUGGGGAGUCUCCUCUCCGUCUCCUUGGCCUCAGCCGGAGCUGCCUUCGGAGCUGAUUUAUAGCCGGCAAAGCUCGUGUUUGUUGGCCCGAACUCAGCUGCAUGCUGGGAAUGGCGUUGAGAAGGAAGGCGGCCCUGCUGGGGCUGAGGUGGUUCUCUCCCUGGCUCCUUUCCAGAGUUCUUUCCACAACGUGUAACUCUUUGGAUGCGGGGCGGGGAGGGGGGAGAGAGCUUUCAGCAAAUAUGGGAAAUGACCCACACUGAAGGCCCGGCAUGGGGGUUUCUUGCAGAUGGGGUGGCCAAUGCCUGGGAAAGCUGCUUGCACCUCCUGGAAUUGCAGACAGCAGCUUGGCAUUUUGGGAAGGGCUUUGUGCAAGGCAAGUUAUCGGUUCAGGGAUAUACCCAGGACCGAGUCCUCCACCCCCUCUUCCCACCCUCGCAGAGUGGAGAUCAGGGCAAUUUAUUCAUCAUUACUAUCAUUGACAAGUAAAGAUGACUCUUGGCUCCUUCCGCCCUUGGCAUUGCUUAUUGGCAAAGGAACACAGAGCUCAUCAAUGAGCAGGAGGAGCGAGAGGGAGGCAAUCCAAGGGUGGCUGGCAAGAGGGGCUCUUUCUAACUGGCUGGGCGAGCGGAUGGUGAAUUUUUAAAACAGCAAGCGUUGAAGGGAGCUGUUAGUAAUUUACCUGUUGCAUUGAUAUCCCAGCGUUUUCCUCCAAGAUGCUCAAGGUGUCCCGCAUGGUUUCCCCCCUCCUCAAUUCCUCCCCUUGACAAUCCUGUAAGGUAGGCCAGACCAAGAGGCAGUGACUGGCCCAAGGUCACCCAGUGGGUUUCACAGCUGAGUGGGGGUUUGAACCCUGGUCUCUCCCAGGCCCUAGUCCAGCAUUCUAUAGUGGCUGUCAAGUUGAGAUGAUGAUCAGUUCCUGGGGUUUCCCUAUGUGUGGGAGAGAAAUUUGAUUCAUUUUGCAUUUCAAGGCGAACCUGCUUAAUUUGUACUAUGUGAAAAAAUAUGCAAACUGAAACAUAGCAAUCCUUCGAAAGCCACACUUUUCUAAAUUUUGCAGUGCGGUUCUCUAGUUGAAGUAUGGUGCACAAAAAUGCAUAUACUGAGGUAAAGUGUCCAUGAAAAUGUAAAUACCAAUGAAAAUAGAAAUGCCUUCUUUUAGGGGAGAUCACUUUGCAAAAAAGUGUUUAUUAGGCAAAAUUGCAUAUGAAAACAGGUAUAUUAGGAGAAAUUCCCAUCAAUAUACUAAUGAAUUUUCAUGGCAAUUUUUUUUUUAAUGGCAAACUAAUGUGGAAAUGUGGAAGACUUAGAAUUUGAAAAAUGGGGGGAAACGGAGAUGGUCAAAUUCUCCCACCCUUUAAUUUCCCCCUCCCUGCCACAUCAUUGUGGGAGGAGAAACUGUAACAGCCAUAAUUAUGAAAUAAAAAAAUAAAAUUUUGUGGGUGCUUCAGAGAUGGAUCCCAUGUUUAUGUUAAUCAUUCAUUCAUUGAUACAGUUUCUAAACCACUCUUCAUCAAAGCAACCCCAGUGUGAUUUGCACAACUAUACAAUUGAAACUUAGGUAGGUAGGUAGGUAGGUAGGUAGAAAGAUGAUAGAUAGAUAGAUAGAUAGAUAGAUAGAUAGAUGGAUAGAUAGAUAGAUGAUAGAUAUAGAUAUGAAUAAAAUUGUUUAAACAUAAAGGGGUGUAGCCAACUAAGUUUUACUCAAAGUAGACCCACUGAAAUGAAUAGACCACUGAUAGGCCAUUUCUUCAAAAUGGGGUCUACUCUGCAUGGGACUAAUAUUGCAUACAACCCAAUAUUUUAAAUUUUAAAAACCAAAUGUUGCAAGAUGUGGAGGUUGUGUUCAGGAACCCUGGAAUUAUUAUGGGGUCGAACAGCUGGGGACACUGAGAGCUCAAUUGCAGAUUAUCUACAGAAUUUCCGAGGCCCCGUCCCCAGCAUCUCCAUGUAGGACCAGGAAUACCCCAGCCUGAAACCUUAGAGAGUCUCUACCAGUCAGUGUAGGCAAUACUGAGCUAGAUAGACCAGUGGUCUGGGCUUGGUAUAAGGCAGCUUCUGUGUUCCCAGGUUCUUAAGAGAAAGAUAUACCUUGCAUGGAGUCAAGCCUUCAUGAAUGCCCAUUGAAGCCAGACUUCUCCUCCAUGUGAAGGGUUUCCAUGCCACCUGUAUCCAUAACAGAGAGCCUGCCAUACGAUCAUGUAUGAUCACUUAUGUUCAGCUCCAGCUUAGGUUGCCUCCUCUGCGAACCCCAGUGAUAUCUUCCUUUGGCUAACAUCACAGCUUUAUUUAGCCUGGACUGUGCACAUUGUGUGUGUGUGUUCAAUUAAUCGUGCAACAGUUGCAGUGCAUUUGGAAUGCGCUACAGAUUAGAGUUUUUAUCAGCCGCGCAACCGUCUGCAGAGAAGCUCUGUGCUGGUCUCAUAGAGGCAGUGUCACCUCGAGGAGAUGCUGGCUGACCCCAAGCCAGGGCGGCGAAGGGGAGGCUUUCCUUCUUUGGUCCUCAUCUGGGUCUUGGCAGGGCCCUGCCGGCGCGAGGCUCAGUGACGGAGCGCCACAGCUGCCUUCGCACUUGCGCUGAGCCAUCAAACUCAACUGCAUCCUCUUUACUUUAGGAGAGAGAGAAAUGAACUUGGUGGCCUCCAAAGUCAGAGGCAGGUGCCUUUCCUUACGGCCCGGCAGCUGUUCUUGUGGGCUGGCUGCUCCUCUGCCAUUUACCUCUCGUCUCCCAGCCCACCUCGUCCCUCCCAUCCUGAUAACACUUCCACAACUCACAUUCAUCACCCCCCAAAAGCAGGAUGGCUUUUUGGAACCUCUGAGCGGUUCAGAGGCUGCAUGACACCGAAUUGGGGCAGGGGCUACCACCAAGGGAUGGCCAUUGCCUUUGAGGCUUCCUUGUGUGAGCUUCUCAGGAGGAGAGGAUCACCUGGUCGGCCACAGCUGGACUAGAAGAGGCUUUGGUCUACUUGAGAAGGGCUCUAUGUAUACAUUAUAUACAUUGCUUUUGAUGUUGCUACAUGGGAUCCGCAACAAAACAUUGCAGUGUGCUCCUGUUCAGCGUACCUGCCAGUGAGCCAGCCAGACGUGCCCUCAUCACGGAUACUGCAUUGCACAUACCCCCACCACAGUUUGCAUUUUUAUUUCUGGCGCUGGGAAAUUUCCCAUGGCUGCUGAGCUGUUUGUCUAGGAGUAUGUUUGCUUGCUGCUCAGGAGGGAAUGUGGUCCUCAGACUGAAAAUGCUUCCCCAUCCCUGGUGUGGCUGAAGCAGGCAUCAGUAUGAAUCGUGUCUUCCCUGGGGGCUUCCAUCCUAAAUAUUCCCUUUCUUGUUUCCUGGGCAGUAUCUUUGCCUCUGACUCUCCUCACCUGUACCUCCUCCCCUCCCCUCCCUCUCUCUGUUCUGCAGGUAGUACGGAGAUCAAGGCAGCAACGAUGCCUGACUCACCGGCCGACGUGAAGACGCAGUCCCGAUCCACGCCCCCCAACAUGCCACCACCCUCACCAGCCGUCACGCAGGGAGCAACGCGACACCCCACCUUCACACCAAACCCUAGUGAGUAGUCAAGUCAACACCAUGCCCAGUGAUGGGCAUCAAAAAUGGCAAAGGAAACAGAAACGGUGGCCAGGGGGUGGAGGUGGGGAAUCAAAGGUCUCUCCUGAUAUGGUGUAUUAUUAUUAUUAUUAUUAUUAUUAUUAUUAUUAUUAUUAUUAUGUUUACACCCUGUCGUUCCUCCAAGUUGCUCAAGGUGAUGUACAUAGUUCUCUUCCUCAUUUUAUCAGCACGAGAACCAGGGGGCAGCUGCCUCAGGUGGCAGAAUCCAAGGGGCGCCUUGGCAGGUAUGCACCACAGCUAGAGAAGCAAGGAGAAGCAGUGGCUUCCAGCUACUAGUGAGAUCCCGCAAGAGCCCUGUUAGAGGCCUUCAGAGGUCUUGCACAAUCGUCCUGAGACCACAAUAUAUAAGGCAGAGCGCCUCACUUACCAGGGUCUCCAAAGGCCUCCACGCAACAUUAUGGGGCUCUUGCAAGGUCUUGGUGGAACCUGGAAGCAGCAGUUGCACAAUGCUAAGCGAGGCUUGAGCUUCCCCAUUGCUGACUUAUCUGCCUGCGCUCUAUCCUUGUGGCCUGUUUGCUUCCAGAACUGAAGCAGACUGAAAAACUUACAUACGUUCCCUCCCGCACACAUGCUAUUUCCACUCUGCAAUGACCUGUACAGCAGGAACUGUGGGCUGCGGCUGUUCAUUAGCCUUUCUGAGAGGCAAAACAAAAAACAAAAACCCGACCCAAGCAGAGGACUUUGCGCUUAAGAGGACUUUGCAGAAACGGAAUCUAGCCAGACCCAUUUCCCCGCUUUAUCCGCAAGCUCUUUUCCUCUGGCGUGGAGGUUCCGGUUGUCAUCAGGACCCGGAGCUGCUUCGGAUGCCGGGGCGGGUGGGUGGGCUUGGAUGCUGUCCACCUCCACCCUCGCCGCUUCUCGCCUCUUGAUGCAUCGCCUUUCAAGCGAAUGGCAGUGCCAGAUGGCACCACAUUUGGAGUGCCAGGAAAGCAGCCCUCCCCCUUCCCCGUUGAUGCGGAUGCCAGCCGUCUCCGCUCCUGCUGCUCAUGAGCGAUGCUGCGAUUCGCAGCCAGAAGGUGCAUAAGGAAGCAAAAAGGGAGAGGGCAGUUGAACCCCAAGCAGACAGCAAAGGCAACAGCAGCACUCAGGAUUAUUUUCAAAAAGGACGGGUGCCAGGGGCCCAGGUCUUGCUAGAAUCCAGACCUCUGAGCUCCAAUGUAAGGUAAUGCAGAUCUCAGUGGGAGAACAUCUGCUUUGCAUGUAGAAGGUCCCAGAUGCAAUCCCCACUAGCAUCUCCAGGUAGGACUGGGAACGAGUCGCUGCCUGACACCCUGCAGGGCCCCUCCCUGGCAGUGUACACAAUGCUGAGCUCAACAUACGAAUGGUCUGAUUCAAUAUAAGGCACCUUUCUAUGUUUCACUGUGUGGAUAUUCUGCAAGCAGAGCAAACUACUCUGCACAUGCUCAGAGGGAAGAUUGUUUCACCAGAGCCCCGGUGUUGAAACUAGAUUCCAAACCCUGUUUAAACAAGGCUGCAGAGCAGUAAAGUUAAGCAUUGCAUGGCUUAGCUGUAGCCAUGCUAACCCCCCCUAUGGGAUUUCCACCAGUCAUCAAAGGCCUGCCCUACCAUUAGGCAGGGUAACUAACUCAGGCAGCAGGUGCUGGUGAGGCAGCAGUAGCAGCCUCUGAGGCCGUUUCCUUCUGAUAAGAGGACAGAACUGUGUCACCUAACCUGCACCCAGGAAUGACCCAUUCUGGUUUGCCUCCUGAGCAAGAUAUGAAAGCUAGGAGCUAAAUGGUGCCUUAAACCUAGGUUAUCGGCGCAACAACGGAAUGACUAGGUGCACUUUUUUAUAACAAGAAUACAAAGCUGAAAAUGAAUGAACUGCAGCUAAAAUAUUAUGUUCAGGGUCUAGUCUUUCCUUGCCCACCCCCCUAAUAUUCUUAAGAGGGUCUCUUCUCCAGUCUUCAGAGAGUAGCUGGAAAUUGGGGGGGGGAGGGCAGAGAAAGCUCCUCCCUUCCUUCCACUCUGCAGUUUUAAUCUGAAAUCUUAGGCGCAGUACUGCGCCCAGAACUCAGAAAGUGCUUGCACUAAUGAAAUUCCCUGUCACAAAAUGUGCCUAGAACAAUGGGAGUUUCAAACACGGCUCCUGAGGUGAAACAAGAAAGUGCCACCCACACUGCUGCCCACUAUCCCCCCCACACACUGCACUUGCUAAAUCCUUGCUUACCAGGGUCAUGCAACUGCGGCUUCUGCGUUCUUGCAAGAUUUUGGGGGAGUUCUUUUAGAUCUCGCCAGAACCCAGAAGUCACAAGCAUGUCUCCUUGCUCCUCAGUUCUCUGGCAACAGGAGAGGUUGGGGCACCUGAGGGGGCUCACCUCUUGUGAUUCCACAGCUGUCUCAGUUUGGCCCUGCCUGCACCCCAUAAGCUAGUUUGCUGCCUUCAAAUUGCCAGGGCUGAAGGAGGAUUCAGUAGCCAGCCCAGGCAGCCUGUGUAUGUGCAGGUGUGUGUGUGUGUGUGUGUGUGUGUGAGAGAGAGAGAGAGAGAGAGAGAGAGAGACCAUCUUCUCCUUUGCCUCGGGCAGCAAAAAUGCAUUUCUCUUGCCUGAGGGUCACCCCCAUUUGCAAGGCAGAGAAUCGCCCCAUCCAGUUGCCCGCCAGUGCAUAAUGCACAGUUUGCAUUGGGCCGCGAAACGCUCGGAGUGCCACAAGUGCAGCCUAAGCAGCAGGAAGGGAGUCCGCGCCCCCACUCCUUUCACAGAUGGGAGCCUUUCCUCCAUCCACAGAUAAAAGAUCCAAUGGCAGAUGGGCGGCUAUAUCCGCAGGCGCAGCACAUCGAUGCCGAAAGCCCUGAAAUAGUUGUGACUAUAAUAGCCUGCUCCCCCAGAUUCCUUUGCCCUUCAGCUGCAAGGAAGCCACGCAGCCCGGGUCAAAAUUAACUUCUUCUUGCUCACAAUCAGAAAGAGCAACACAUGCCCACCCCCCUUACCUCCACACUGAGCUACAAAGUCUCCUCCCUUCUGAAAAGAAAUGCCUUUUUUUGUAUUGCACCUUGCGGGGGGGGGGGUAGUCUCUCUGUGUGUCCCCUGCCUCCCCGAUUCCGAGUGGCAGUUCCAAGUCAGCUCCAGCCUUUCCUUUUUUUUUUUUUUUUUGAGCCAGAUGUUCUCUAAUUAGAAAUCGGAUUCUGCUCGUCUGUGAUCUGAUGGGGUUUGCUUUUAAUCGCUCUCGGUAGCAGAUGCAAAGGCGCUUUUGAGCCAGUCUGCUGUGUUUUCUGAAAAGGGUCUGCUGCUGCUCUCCCCUCCCCCCUCUCAAAAACAACAACCCUUCUUGCAAUAGCUGACCCUGGGAGGGCUAGCCUUUCCUCCCUCCCUCCCCCCCCCAAGUCCCCAUCCCGCCACCACCCCACAGUGAUGCUGUGUAUGCAUUUAAAGCGCUUAGAGGUUAGGGAAGAGAGAAGGAUUGGAAGCUGUGACUUUUGCACUUAAUUCGAGUGGAUAUUAGCAAACAGCUGGUGUUGUGCCCUUACUAAAGAGCUCUGCUAAGAUGUUCAGCCUAAACUGGGCGGCUUUAAUAACCACCUAGCCUGAUGGUUUGCCACCCGAGAGCUAUGGCAGAGACUUGGCCCAUCCCAGGAUCCCACAGCCAAGGAGCAAGACGCCAGUGGCAGAUUUCCCAGCCAGAUGGUGGCUGCUGAGAGCACACGGAUGUGCAAAGGAGGACUUGGAGUCUAUGAACUGCUUGGUUCCUCUCUCCCCAGAUCCUUUUUAUUAUGGGAAUCUUCCCAAGGAAAGCUAUAUGCCAGAGUUAUCUUUCCAGCCCUUAUAAGCUCACUAAAGAUAUUUUGUCAGCCAGGGAUGGAGAAAUCAGUGUACAAGGAGGCAGGUCCCUGCCCAAGGAGCAUACAGUGAAGAAAUUUGACACUGGUGAAUUGGAAGGAAGGAGAGGCAGGGACAAAAAGGGGAGCCAUAUAUGGUUGUUUCAGUUACAUAAAGGAAGGCUUGUUUACAGAGUUACCAUUACACCAUAGGGCAUGGGAACCUCGGACCUGUUAUUCCAGCUCUGAUGUCAACAAGCAAGUUGCAAUGGUUACUAAUGAUGUCCUACCUCCCCUUCUGCUGGAAACUGCAGCAGGGGAGAGGGCUGUUGUGCUCAGGACCGGCUUGGAGGCUUCCCGGGAACAUCUGACUAGACACAGUGAGAACAGGAUGCUGGGCCAGAUGGGCCACUAGUGGGCCUGAUCCAGCAGGCUCUUCUUAUGUUCUUACAUCUUGAAUUGGUUCUGAACCGGACAUGCUUGUCAGUUCUGUAGCCCAAGUUCCCUUAAUCCAUCUGACCCUUUCUGAUCAAGCCAGUCCUUCUCCUUUGUUCUUAUGUCAUAGUGAACCAGGCUUGUUGCAUGAGGAAGCGAGGGGCAGGGGUGGGGAGGACACCACACACCCUCUGUAGAUUUUCUUUGCCACAUUGGUGGAAAUCAGAGGUGCUCUACACUCCCACGCCCCUUCCUUCUCUUAAUUUCUGUUGUAUGUUUUUGAAUCUAUACAGCAUCCGCCAACCUGGUACCCUUCUGCUGUUUUAGACCACAUAUCCCAUCAACCCCAGCUUUGCUGGCUGAGGCUGAUGGGAGUUGUAGUCCCAAACAGCUAGAGCAUACCAGAUCAGGAAAGGCUAUUCUGUACUUUCCAAGUGUUUGUUAAUACUGACGAUCACGUCCCUAUCUUGUGAUCAGCACCGUAUGCAUUUUGCAUUGUUCGUUGUUAUAAAUCUUUUCUGGUUUUAAAUUGCUUCUAUUUGUUGUAUUUUAUCUGGCUAAAUCGCUUUGAAACUCUUCUACAAAGCGACCGAUACAUGCACUUAAUUAAUAAUAAAAAACCAAUACAGCUGUUGGAGAGUUGUUCACCAGGCUUCAGCACAAAGUCCAUUAACCUGGAAAGUGGGUUGUUGCCAGGCAGAUUUCUUAUCUAGAAAACAAACAAACACAUCCACAUGGUUGUGCUUUCUAGAACAGGUCCCAUUUCAGCAUGGAGCUGGCUUUAUGGCAUGCAUAGCUAUAGACCAAGGGUGGGGACCUAUCUCAGUCUGAAGGACUCAUUCCUUUCCUGACAACCUCAAGGGCUGUAUGCCAGUGGUGGGCGGGGCCAGAGGCAAAAGUGGGUGGAGCAACAAAUGCAAAUAUUAGAACCAAUUUUCUACUCGUGCAUCCCUCUCUAGCCUCCAUUCAGAUGAGCAAAAAGCAUUAUCAGAGUUCAAGGACACAUUCUAGCUGGAAAAAAUAUAUUCCCAGGGUGCGAAGCAAUGCCAGUGAGGUGUGUAGUCUGGGGAGAGUUCUUCAGGCCAGAUACAGAGGUCUAAAGGAGAUGCCACCCAACCUUUCCACCUGCCCACAGGCACUCUAGGCACCUGUGCAAAUUUGGGCCCCCAAUCCUUUUGAGUAUCUGGCAGCAACACCCCUAAUCAGCAGGCCAAAGAGCAACCAUUUGUGAGUCUCCAAUGUCAGCAAGACAGUGAGUUGUCAGCCCUCGGCUCCUUCAGUUGAGAUAACACCAUACCAUUCAACAUUUCUCCAAUGAAAAUAGGUACAUCCUAAGGAAAAGCAGGACAUUCUGGGAUGAAAUCAGAAACCAGGACAGCUUCUGUGAAUCUGGGACUGUCCCUGGAAAAUAGGGAGGGUCUGUAAUACGGGCAGGCAAGCCACACUAAUUUGGCAAUCUAGGAAGCUGGGAGUGGCUUCCUUCAAUCUGCAUUGCAGUUUAUGAAGCUGGUUUAGCAUAAGCCUCUUGGCACAACCUUAGUCUUUGUUUGGGGAUUGCAUGACCAACCCAUAUCUUUCCAGGACACCCUCAGGCGGAUGGGACAGUAUUGGUUAAGAGUUUUGCCCUUGCAACUAAGCUCACACACUGGAAGGAAAUCUCUCAGCCAAGAUGGAUACGUUUAAGGCCCUGCCUAGCUACUGCCCCAGCCCUGAUCAGGGACUUCAGGAAGGAAGCGCCCUGCCACCUCUGGUCUCUCCUGAUAGCGUAUGUUUUAUUUUGCUUGCAGAUCGUGAAGCUGGGCCGCCGAUGUUUCUGCCCCGCGGCCGUUUUCAUGGUUGCUUGAAAUGGUCCAUGGUGUGUCUCUGUAAGUAAAAUGAAACGUGCCCGUCAGCAAGAGACGCAGAAGCUGUAGCUCAGCUUUGCUUCCCCUAGAGCAGGGGCGGGGGAAACCCGAGGGCCACAUUCUCUUCAGGGGAACCUCCCAGGGGCCGCAUGCCUGUGGUGGAUGAAAGUGGGUGGAACAAUGCAUGCUGAUUUUACCUUUGUACAGUAGGCAAAUUUUGACACAUACUCACAUGAUCUGCUAUCUGGGCAAGCAGGAGGCCUGAUCAAAGUUCAAGGACACAUUCCAGCCAGGGGGGGGGAAAGCUCAAUAAGGGUUUGAAGCAAGACCAGAGAGGGUAUGGCUAGGGAGGGUGUGGCCUGGGGGGAAAGUCCCAAGAGCCAGACACAGAGGUCUGGAGGGCCACAUUUGUCCCCCAGGUCUGAGGUUGCUCACCUCUCCCCUAGGUAAAUACAGGAGGGGAGCAAAUGCACUUUUGCUGGAGUUGGUCAGGCAGUGUUGUCUAUAGGGUGCUGCCCCAUAGGUUGGCAACCCCCCCAUUUCACUCUCAGAGGGUUCCCAGUUGGCCAGCAUCACAGGAAAUCUUCUUCUUCUCCCUACCUCUUUGUAAUGUCCUUUGGGUGUAUCUCAUUUCACCUGCCUCACUGUUAGGGGGUAGGCAAUUUUAAAUUUGCGUACAUUUAGUCAGUUGGCAUCUUCAAUUGAGUAAUGGCAAAUCGUUUGUAAAGAAUCUUUGUAAAGACAGACACCAAGAAAGCUGCACCUUCUGUCCUGGAGGCACCACCUCCCAAUGCUUCAGGUAUAGUGGGAGCAUUGUGGUUGGUCAGUGAAGAAAGUGGGGAAACUUUUAUCAUGCUCUGAGGCACCUGCUUGUGUUGUUGUUACUGCCUGCUAGAGGCCUUCAGCCACAGAAUGGACUAGUUAGUCCAAAUCAAUAAAUAAAACUCAACUCCUUUCUCUUAUUCUUUAUUUACUUCAGUAAUAUUCCACUCAGAAAGUCAGUUGCCUACUUUGCUCCACAUUCUUCAAGUACCUUGCCUCUGGGCCCUCUGCCCCUAAUCUUUCCAUCAGUCUAGGAUCUUUUCCCACUUCUUAUCCCACCCCACAAAGAUGUGCCUGCCCCUAAGACCUGUGUGGAAUUUUAAUCCCAGUCAAAAUGACAAUGUACCUUUCCCUCAGGUAAAUUGGACUGCAAGCAUUCUGAUAGCCUUGCUUCCCUGGGCCAGUCCGAAUGUUUGCAAACCUUCUGUGCCGUCAUCACACCAGCUCAGUCAAUUGGUGUCAAGGGGAUUAACCACUGCGUGUGCAAUACAGUGGUACCUCGGGUUACAAACACCUUGGGUUACAAUCACUUUGGGUUACAGACUCCGCUAACCCGGAAGUAGUACCUCGGGUUAAAAACUUUACCUCAGGAUGAGAACAGAAAUUGUGCGGCGGCAGCAGUGGGAGGCCCCAUUAGCUAAAGUGGUACCUCAGGUUAAGAACGGUUUCAUGUUAAGAAUGGACCUCAGGAACAAAUUAAGUUCAUAACCAGAGAUACCACUGUGUAUAAUAUGGACUAGGGAUAAUAGGUCUUGAUUCAAAUUAACCCUUCAAAAGAACAAUGUCCAAUUACAAGUUUUUCUUAUGUACACAGAGUAGUGGCUGUAGCACACGGCCCAUUCUGUGUCUUCAAUUCCAACAGUUAUCAAGGUGUUCCAUUCUACUUCCCGUGCAGACUAUUGCAAAAUAAUAGCUGUGUCUGUAGAAUUGCUGGUGAUCUCUGUGAAAAUGAUACAGAAGGGGUGUGUGUGUGUGUGUGUAAUAGAGCACUGAGGAAGGAAGGAAACUUCAUUGGCCAGUUUCCCCCACUGCGGUGAGAUUUAUUGCAUUCCCAUUGGUACAGUCCUAAAUUUGCAUCUAUGCAUAUAAACUUGUCCAUGCAAAUAUAUUUUGGGAGCUACACUGGAGAGCCACAACCUGAACAAAGGAUACAAAAGCAUUAAACAAACUUUGCAUUUUUUAAUUUGCAUAAUUUGUGAAUAAAAAAAGUUUCAUAGGAGACAAGCGCCUGAACCCUGCCUCCCUUCCCCCACCGCCUGCCAAACUUGCAAGCUGACACAUAUGCCUUCACUUCUGCAAAGAGGCAACAGCACACAGGCCCUCUUCGACCUCAGAGCAGAUUGAGCACAGGUGCAACCUAAGGACACCUUCCAUUAUUUCCCCAGUGCAAUUAGGGCAGUUCGGCAGCUUGACGGCUGACGUGCCCCACUUUUUCCAAAUAUCCUUUCCCUCUUUUAGUUGAGGAGGACCCACAAACGCAGCUCUCCGCCGAGGAGGACCCACAAACGCAGCCCCCACCCCUAAAGCGUCAGAGACAUAUGCACAGUUUAACUUAGUAACACACCUGUCACUCGAAUAAAAGCAGUUGUGGCCGAGAGGUUAUUUUCGGCACCUCUUUAGCAAGCGGCGGUUCUCGCCCUGCCGGAGACUGAGCAGGAGCCCAGGAACACACGGCAAAAGCCCCGACGGCUGCGGCUUCCCAAGGAGGUGUCAGUGCCACAGCGGGAAAGGUUAGUGUUUAGUGACGACUGAAACUAGGCAAGGCAAACUUGGCACCUUCCGAGGACUGCUCAGGAUCUCUUUUUGGUCCCAAGAAGGAUGCUGGGAUUUGAGGCUCUGCCUCCAAGGCAGGGGACAGUGUCUGCCUGGGGCACAUUGUUGUCUGCUCUUUCUCAGCCCUGACUGCGGAGAGACAGGCGUUUCUACAUUUUCUGAGGGUCCUUGGGGAGGAGGGAUGGCUGCUUGCAAGGGGGUGGGCAAACAAGUUAGGUUCUGACCUCUGAUAAACAGGCUUUGCUCCUGUGGGGUUUUUUUAAACCUGCAACACCUGUUUGACUUGAGAGGAUCAAAAGUUGAGAGAGAGAGAGAGAGAGAGAGAGAGAGAGAGAGAGAGAGAGAGAGAGAGAACCACAACAUCUCUUUCAUACCGCUUCAAAAUCUGUCAUUAGUUUCUGGCCUAAGAACACAUGUAAAAGUACAGGGCUGGAAGGCAGCUUUUGCAGUCUGGGAAUAUGUUGCCUCUGUUCAGCGCAGUAAGAUUUGUUAUUGUAGGCCGGCUUUUCAGCUCUUGUUUACUGCUUCAGGGUGGGGAGGUCAGCUGGGCGUUGGGGGGUAGCAUCUUGUGUGGAAAGGUCUUGGAAGCAGUAGGGCUCCUCAGGAAGACAAUUAGCCUUGGAAUAUGAUUCUAGGAUAUUUAUGGCACAAUCCUAUCCACACUUAGCUGGAGGGAUUUGCUUCUUUGGAAAAACACUCCUUUUCUUGGAGGCACAUCAUCCCAAGAAUGGGACUUGCUCCCUAGUAAAUGGGAUGUGUUUGCUUUUUAGAAUCUUAGCAUCAGGAUAUUACAGUUUCUGCCUUGACUCUUAGAGCACUGUUCCUUCUCUGGAGUUAGGCAGCCGGGUCCCAAUCCACCAGAAAAUGUCUCCUGCACAAGUCCCCGUUCACUUUAGUAACAUUGCAGAGGACCAGACAGUGGUCAAUAAUCUGCCUUUGGGACAUCUUUCUGCAGCCUGACAGUUCUGAGCAGGAUUUAACCCUGUGCAUUCCCUCCAGCUGGAUAAGACUGUUUCAUUCUUCUUGUUCCUCCCUCACUGACUAAGGGAAGCAGCUGGGGUCUUGUGGAGCUCAGACAAACCCAUUUGAGAAGAGUGUCUUUAGGGUCGCUCUCUCUUUCAGGGAGGAGGAAAAAAUACUGUUUGUUUGCAUCUGCAAAAUGAUUUAAAAGUAUGCCUCUUUCAAAUGACCUAGCUUUCAUGCACAUAAAACCCCUUCAGGUAAAAAGCCAGCCCCUACUCCAAACCAGCAAGUGUUAACGCCACUGAUCUUAUUCCUUUUUCCAGGGAUGCACAUCUGCCAAGCUUGCUUGGUCUUUUUUUUCAACUGGUUUAGCAUCUAUAUUUCGCCUCCACCUGAAAAGCUCAUGGGGUUUGUGGGUGCUAAAAGACAUAGCCUUCCCCUUGCCUGGGAUCCUCCUGCAAAACCUCUCCCCAAAGGGCCAUAGCCAUUUUUGCAACUGUGUCCCAUUGUUGACUAACACAGAGCCUCUGGGAUCCACUAUGAAUUUUCCCCUUAUCCCACAGUGCCUUACUAUAUGCAAGAUUGCAAUAGCAGACCCCCUCUUGUUACCGCUUUCUCUCUUUUUUCCUUGCAGUAAUGAAUGGAAGCAGCCACUCCCCGACGGCAAUUAACGGUGCACCCUCCACCCCCAAUGGCUUCAGCAAUGGGCCUGCGACUUCCUCCACGGCCUCGCUGUCCAACCACCAACUCCCUCCGGCCUGCGGGGCACGCCAGCUGAGCAAACUGAAGCGCUUCCUGACCACGCUGCAGCAGUUCGGCAACGACAUCUCGCCGGAGAUCGGGGAGCGCGUUCGUGCCCUGGUGCUGGGCCUCGUGGUAAGCUUGCAACCUGCGCACUCUGCCCUUGGCGGCGAGAUCCCUGUCUUCUGUCAGAGAUCCCUUGCUGGCGGGGGGACCUGGUAGCCAUUGCAGCUGGUUGAAAUACUUUUUGCAAAGAAGGCAGCAGUGGGUGGUGUUAAACUGCAAUGCCGUUACUCUGCUCAUUACACCUGCUACAGAUGCACUGCGGAGAUUUGGGGCACCUUAAAGCAAGGCUGGGAAACAUCAGGGCCAGGGGGGAAAUAUGGCCCUUCAGGGCCUCUUCUCAGGCCAUACCCUACAAUGGUCCUGCUCUGCAGCCUGUUUGAGUGCUUUUACUGGCUGGAAUGUGUCCCUGAACUGGGAUCCUGCCUCUUGCAUGCAUGGAUGGGAGGAGUGUGGGGUGUGGAUUAUCCACAAACCUCUGACUCUGACCGCACAAAGGUCACAUGUGUCGCUCCAUCUACACCUGCCUUUGGCUCCACUGGCACGUGGUCCCCAAAAGGUUGCAUGGGAAGAAAUCCGGCCCUUGGGCUAAAAAGUGUUCCCCACUGCUGCCUCGGAUGCAAACACAUUUAUUAGAGCGUAAUCUGGGAUCCCUUUCACCAGAUGCAUGCUAACCCCCAAGAUUCUUUGUCAUUUGCACUGCAACAGAUUCAUACUCUGGAAGUUAUGGUUACUUAGUUGUAAUUACUUUGCUUAGCUGGACAGGGUUAUGUCAUCCGAUACAAAAAAAAUUAAGUGCCCUUGCCCCUGCCAAAUUGUCAGCAAGGCAAGCAAACCAUAUCCAUAUUAUGGCAGGGGUGUUGCCAGUUUCUUAGUGGCUCUUGUGCCUUUAGCAACUGAGCUGCAAAUGUAAGCCAGUGAUUUGUGCUGAUAUCCAUGCUGCGCAAAACAAGAGGGAAAGGGUGGAGUCCUUUGAGGGAGAGCAGGAGACCUCUGGGUGAUGUGGGGGACAGUGGAGGAGGGAAGGUCAUUGGCUGAGAUGUGUACGAACACAGAGGGCCUAAUGAGGCAUUACUAAAUGUGUGACUUCCAAUUGCUUGUAUCAUUUUCCUUAACAAUCAACCAAGAGAUAUUUUUUUAAUGGGCCCUGACCUUAUAAGGAGGAGAGGAGUUUCCUCCCCCCUUUCCUCCCCAGCCAUGAUUUCUGCCCAAAUCACCCCCUCAGUUCUGCAAUUAGUGACAGGUAAUAAGCUCCCAUUGGCACCAUGGGAGCUUUCCCCCCAUAUCACUAAUUGCAGCAUGGCAGGGGCAUCAGUUUUCAUGAAUACACAGUAAAAACUCCCUAUUCAAUGCGGUUCUGAUAAAAACUGGGGGUGGGGCAGCACUUAUGAUUAAAGAACCCCAGUAUGAUUGACAGCAUCCGUUUAAAUCACAUUUAGGAGACAUAGGAAGCAGCCUUUUACUGGUCUAUCUAAUUCAGUGUUGUCUGCACUGACUGGAAGUUGCUCUCUAGGAUUUCAGAUAAGAGUCUCUCCUAGCCCUACCUGGAGAUGCCGGGGAUUGAAUUUGGAACCUUCUGCAUGCAAAACAGAUGUUCCACCAGAGAGCCAUGGCCCCAUCUCCAAAGUUAAGUUCAGCUUAACUAUGGUUUAAAGGCAAGCAUGCUGGUGCAUGGAGAGAAAAUUGCCACACUUCCAUUCCACCAGGGUGCUGCGGUGGUUUAAAGUAAGGUACGAGCCAGACCAGUGAAGAGAAUUUGCUGGACAUGAAUCCACAGUCCUCAGUAUCGUUGACCCCGUGCUGUUUCUACUUUGCAGAAUUCCACGCUGACCAUUGAGGAAUUCCACUCCAAGCUCCAGGAGGCCACAAACUUCCCUCUGCGUCCUUUUGUCAUCCCAUUCUUGAAGGUACACCCUUUAUAAGACUUCUGUCUUGCACGACUUGAACUUAUACCAGCUUCAUAAUUUUGGGGAGGUUCUUUGUUGCAUAGGCACCUUUUCACACAGCUGAAUGCAGGUUGGAUCCUAGAAUGCUUGGGCCAACUUGUUCUCUCUCUCAGAGGCACCUAGACACCAUUGUGUCAGGUCCUGGCAGAUCCUUCCCCUUGGAAGAAGUUGAUGGUUUCCAGGAACCAUCAUCUACACAUGAAGGUUGGUUGGUUCUCUAAUUCCUGGACUGGUCAAGACACGUCCUGGAAUACUGGAAGCUAUCUUACACUGAGCCAGUUCACUACCCCUUCUGGUUAAGUACUGUCUAGACCAGCUACAUACAAAGCAGAUGUUCUACCCUUCCCUCAAACAGAAUAAUAAGAUUCCAGUCCUCAUGGUUCUCAAGAAAAGACUGGUUAAAAUGGGACUAGAGGAAUCUACCUUCUCCUGAGUCAGACCCUUGUUCUAGCUCAGCAUUACCUAAACUGUCUGGCAGCAGCUCUCCAGGGCUUCAGGCAGGGGAAACUCCCAGCCCUACCUGAAGAUGCCAGGGCUUGAGACCUUCUCUCCCACUGAGCUAUGACUCUUUUUGCGAGAGGGAUCAGAUGGGUAGGCUGUUUUCUUCUAUGGAGACUAGCAGCAGCUCCCGAGGGAGGCUUACCGCAAGCUUUGGAGCUGAUUACACAAUUAAAAAUGUUCAGGAUGUGUCAUCUCAAAGGUAAGAUCCGCCUCACUAUCUAAUGUCAGGGCUGGCCGUGACACCCCCCCCCAACCCUUCAUUCCUUUCCUUCUCACUCCCACCGCAUUGACUUCUGCUGCAUAGCAAGGUCUGCUGUUUUCAGAAAACAAAUCCUCUUUGCAAUGGCCAGGACAGAGAGACUAUAUCAAGCAAUUGUCUCUGAGCUUUGAUCAGCGUCUUCCCAUGUCUCUCUCUUGCUUAGUGCCAGGCCCAUCCUGCAAUCUGAGGAUCUGUUGAGCCCUGGCAUUUCUGUAGAAGCAAGCAAGACGGGAUCUCUCUAGCAGAAGUUGCAAAGGCUGCUCUCAGCUGCCCUUGUUUAUCAGAGAGGCAUGAAAGACAGAAGACUUGCCUUUUGCCUCUUCCCCACCCCCCACCCUCCCACUUAUCUGGGGCUGUGAUUUCCAUGGCUCUAGAGAAGCCGCAAAAAAUAUUUCCUGAGCAAAGAAGGUUUCCUGCUGACCCACGUAGCCCAUCCAGAAAUGCUGACCCAGGGUCAAACCACAUGUUACGUUAAGCCUGUAAGUAGCGAUGUGCAGUCUUUGCUGAACAGCAGUUGGAGGGGGCUGAUCAGGAUCGGGACCACCGAGCGGGAAAGCAAGGGAAUGACAUCCUUUACCUGCCUUAGGGCCCCAGUCCUCAUCAUCUCUUCCCUGCCUUGCCUCCCUCAAGGCUAUUAUUUAAGAAAGGAAAACAAGCAUGCAAUAGCUAGCUGCAUGCUUGCUAUAAGGUACCAUUUGGCCCUAAGCAGAAACCCAAACUCUUUCAGAUGUAGGCAAACUGGAACUUGCUAGAGUUUAGCCCUGCCUCUGAGUAUGUGCAGAGUGCAUUUUUCUCAUCACCAAUUACAUGCUCUUCAACCAUCCCAUUUUAAGUGGAGCAUCCUGGAAUUACAGAAGACAUCCUGACUUCUGGUUAGAUCCUGGAAUGUCCCGCUUUUUGGUCCAACGCUUUGGCGCAAGCAGAGUGCCAGACCAAAAGAAGCUCACGAAAGUCACCUGGCUCCCACGAGAGCUUGGAACUAAAAAACAAGUGUCCCAAUUUUGAUCAGCGGGAAGUUGGAGGAUAUGCAAUUAACCACAGAGAGGCACUGUAUGUCUAGAAUGAGGAUGGAAUGGCUUCCAGGCAGGUUUUCGAUCCCUGGGGGGAAGAAGAAGGACACUCUGCACAUGACCUUUAGGGGGAUGCCUAUGCUAUGUUUUUUCUACUGUUGUACACGCUCAGCAAUUUAUCAGCUGCACUAUUAAGAGCAUAGGAAGCUGGCUUAAGCCCUGUCCGGUCAUUGGGCCAUCUAGCUGUGUGUUGCCAAAACUGAUGGCCAGCAGCUCUUCAGGGUUUCAGGGGCAGAGAAGUCAUUCCCAGGCAUACUUGGAGACUGAAUCUGGAACCUUUUUGCAUCCAAAGCAUGGGCAUUUGUCACUUGAUGUGGCCCUGCAUGUAAUGUUUUUUGGGUGUUUUUGUUUUUUAAAAAACCAACCAAUGCAAAGAGGCCUGAGACAGACUGGGACCAUGGCAGCCCACCCAGCCCACGCUCUAAUCCAUUGAAAAUCCAUUUCCUACCAAUGGAAGCUUUCAUCCACUUGCAAAUAGCAAUCCAUGGAAGAGAGGGAAUGCAAUUCUCAUUGGGGCUGUGGCAAGGGCAAAUAUUUAAAGCCCGCUAACCCCAGACUAACGUCCCAAUUCAGGGGGGGGGGGGAGAAAAAGAGGGCUUGUACUGUAUUUUCUUUUCCUUAGCAAAAAGGCCAAACAGCCCAAGUCAUUCCUUGCAUCAAACACCGUGUCUAGUUUGGCUCUAAUGCUGAGCAACUCCUGGGAAAACUGGUCCGUUAUCCCACCCCCACCCCCACCCCAUAACCCCCACCACUUUGUCUCUUCCUGGCAGAGUUUUUUGGGGGGCAGACCACAAGCCUGGCGCCUUUCUGCCAGCAGAGAGAGGAGAGAGACUCAGUGUUUUGAAUGAGAAAGGAGCCCUUUGACAGCCCUCUCCCCCAUCUCUUCCCCUCCUGCUCCUCUCUCCAGCACCCACCCUGCUUCCAGCUGUUUCCACCCAGGGCUCCAGAUGCUUCUCAUUACCCUAACUGCAACCAGGCGGCCUCCGGCGCGCCUUUCCCAGAGAUGUUAUUUAUUUCUUUUCAUUGUUUUUCUUUCUUGAAAUGUGAUGGUGACUGGGGGUGGGGGGGAUGGAGAGGGCAGGGGAGAGAGGGAAGGAGGGAGAUGGAGGAAGAACGAAGGGGGGGGCAGAGCGGGGGGGGGAUGUUUGCUGCCCUGGAAUCCACAGCAGUGGAUUUCAUCAGUCCUCGCUCUAACAUGUCCAACAGAUGGGGAUUUGGCUGGCGAUCAGCUGCCUAAAUAGGAAACCAGGGUUGGCUGACGGCACAAAGCUCUGCUCUGGGCUUGCUUAAUUGCUCCUGCUCCUGCGGAUGCUCUUCUUGGAGGGCUGGAGCUUCAUGAGAAACUCGCUGGGUGGGGUGAGGAGUCAAAGGAGCAAAGGGGAGAAAGCUUAUUUACAAACACUUUCCGUUGUGCAAAGGAGAGAUGGGAAUGACCUCGCAGGGCCAUGGGACCCUCGCCGGCUUCUCUGGAGUAGAGCCAGCACAGUCUCAUUGACAGACGCUGAGGCUGCCUGGGGGCCAUUGUUUUCUCAAUGGAGCAAUGAGAGCAGCCCCCGCUCGAGUGAACUCCGUGUUCCCCAGGCACCUGACACAGCUCUGCCCCUUCCUAAGCCCACUUCCAGUCCCAGUCCCUUCUUUGAGGGAGGCUCAGAGGAGGACGGCAAGGGGAAAGGGCCUUUUCAGCGGUGGCUCCCUGUUUAUGAGAUGACCAGGAAAGGAACGGGAAAUAAAACCGCAGCUAUCGUAACGACAUUAUGCAAAUCUGCGGCAUGACCGCAUUUGGAAUGCUGUGUACGGUUCUGGCUGCUUCAUCUAAAAAAAGAAGAUACUGCCAUGUUGCAAAGGGUUCAGAAGAGGGAAACCCAAAUGAUCCAGGGGUUGGAGCUACUCUGAAGAAAGCCUUCAGAUUCUGGAACGUUUAAGUUUAGAGAAAAGGCACGUAAGAAGUGACACGGUAGAAGUGAUGCAUGGAGAAAGUGAAUAGAGAAAGUUUCUCUCUCUCUAGUGGACAUUGAAUGAAGCUGAAUGUUAGAGAAUUCUGGAUAGGUGAAAGAAAGUAUUUAUUCACGCAGGGCAUGGUUAAAACUGUGGAGCUCACUCCUCCGGGAGACAGUGAUGACCUCCCACUUAGAUGGCUUUAAAAGAGGACUGGACAAAUUCAUGACGGAGAAGGUGGACUGGCCCCCUGCUGAAAAAAAUGCCAACCCCUGUCGUUCAGUAUCCAGGCCAGGCUAUAGUUGCUUAUAUUGAAACCACAGCCUGCUGUUCUUUUUCCUCCUUAAGGAAAGCACUCCUCACUUUCUCCACCUUCUGCCCUCUUUCCAGGCCAACUUGCCUUUGCUGCAGCGCGAGCUCCUCCACUGCGCCCGCAUGGCCAAGCAGACACCUGCACAAUACCUGGCGCAGCACGAGCAGCUCCUCCUGGAUGCCAACGCCUCCUCCCCCAUCGACUCCUCAGAGCUGCUCUUGGAGGUCAACGAGGGGGGCAAAAGAAGGACACCAGACAGGUACAGGCCUCUGUGGGAAAAAAGCAAGGGCGGGAUUGGACAGAGUUGGUGUGCUAGGCUGGGUGGAGGCUUGGCCCCAACAAAUUCCUAUUUAUUGGGAACGUUUGCAGGCUGCCUUUCGAUCAAAGGAUCUCCAAGGCAGCUUGGAGCAAGAAAUGCAAAAUGCAGGAAACCACUCUUUUGCGCCUUUGGCUCAGGCUUUGCCAAUCUGGUGCCCUCCAGAUUACAGCAAGGGUGGGACAUUCCCCCCCCCAACCCAAUGGGAGUCUUGGUCCACAGCAUCCUCAACUUUGACUCUGGGGCAAGGAAAGGCAGCAUGCUUUUCUCCAGAUAUUGUGGGACUCCAACUCCCAUCAGCCCCAGGCAGCUUGGUCAAUGGUUGUGGAUAAUGGGAGUUGUAGUCCCCUAACCACAUUAGCACCUAGCUAAUGCCCACCUAGCAGUUCGAAAGCAUGUCAGAGUGCAAGUAGAAAAAUAGGUACCGCUCUGGCGGGAAGGUAAACGGCGUUUCCGUGCGCUGCUCUGGUUCGCCAGAAGCAGCUUAGUCAUGCUGGCCACAUGACCCGGAAGCUGUACGCCGGCCCCCUCAGCCAAUAAAGCGAGAUGAGCGCCGCAACCCCAGAGUCGGUCAUGAUUGGACCUAAUGGUCAGGGUCCCUUUACCUUUAACCACAUUAGCACAGGGCACCAGGUUGGCUGUUCUUGCUCCAAAGGAAGGUGCUAUAUCCAUAGACCCGGACUGUGCUCCUUUCAAAAAGUGGGCCUGGCUCUUGAGGACUGACUGUUAGUUCUGUCCCUGCUGCUACUACUCUGAACUAUUGGUUAAGGAUGCUUGGUUCUGUAAAACCCGUUUGACGCUCCACCCUCUUUCCGGGACAGGACCAAAGACAAUGGCUUGGACCGUGACCCUCUGCACCCAGAACACCUCACCAAAAGGCCAUGCACGAUGAGCCCCGCCCAGCGCUACAGUCCCAGCAACGGGAUCAGCCACCAGCCCAAUGGGCUGCCCCACCCCACGCCUCCCCCUCCCCAGCACUACCGCCUCGAGGACAUGGCCAUAGCACACCACUACCGGGACGCCUACCGGCACCCUGACCCUCGGGAGCUGAGGGAACGCCACCGGCAAGCUGGUAAGUGGCAGGGGGGUGCUGCCUAUUUCUGUUCUGUGCCCAUCCCAUCCAGUUUUCACAGUAAUCUGUGUAUUAUUAUUAUUAUUAUUAUUAACGGUUCAAAAAAAAUUUUUUUACCAAUAUCUUUUUUAAUUUUUAAUUUUACCACAGAAAACGUAUUUGCAAACUUAUUUUAACUCACAGAAUCAUAGUAUUGUAGAGUUGGAUGGUCAUCUAGUCCAACCCCCUGCAGUGCAGGAAUCUCAAUGACAUUACAUGACAUACAAACAAUGCUUAAAAACCUCCAAUGAAGGAGAGUCCACUCCUUUACGAAGUAGUCCAUUCCACUGCCGAACAGCUCUUACCACCAGAAAGUUGUUCCUAAUGUUUAGUUGGAAUCUCCUUUCUUGAAAUUUGAAUCCAUUGGUUCAGGUCCUACUCUCCGUAGGAGCAGGAAACAAGGUUACUGCAUCUUCCUUCAGACAGCCCUUCAAUAGCUGCAGCCGACAAAAUUCUUGCAAGAAUCUUAGCCGACCAUCUCCUAACAAUAUCUGAGGCUACCCUUCCUGAAUCCCAAAAUGGUUUUUGACCUUCUAGGGGGACAGUGGACAUGAUUUUCACCUCUCGACAGCUUCAAGAAAAAUGCAGAGAGCAAAACCAACCCCUGUACAUGGUGUUUAUUGACCUGACUAAGGCCUUUGUCACAGUAAAUCUUAAUGCCCUGUGGACUGUCCUUCUUUAAAAUUGGCUGCCCAGAUAAAUUUGUGGACAUCCUUCGGCUCCUCCAUGAUAAUAUGACAGCAACAAUCGCAGAUAACAAUGGCUCUCAAAGUGAACCAUUCACAGUGGGAUCAGGUGUUAAACAGGGUUGUGUUAUCGUCCUAACUCUAUUUAUUAUUUUCAUCACCAUGAUCCUACACUUUGUCGAAGGGAAACUCCCCACCGGAGUAGAAAUCAUAUAUCGGACAGAUGGAAAGCUCUUUAUUCUGAGCAGGCUGAAAGCAAAGAGUAAGGUUACCAUAACUUCUGUUAUAGAGCUUCAGUAUGCUGAUGACAAUGUAGUGUGUGCACACUCAGAGGAUGACCUCCAAACCAUCCUAAGUAUCUUCGCUGAAGCUUACAAAAAACUUGGCCUAUUGCUUGACAUCCAAAAAACCAAAGUGCUGCACCAACAAGCACAAAACAACCCCUCUGCAGCACCACAGAUCCAACUCAAUGAUGUAACGUUGGAAAGUGUCGAUUGCUUCUGCUACCUGGGCAGUUAUCUUUCCACAAGGGCCAACAUUGAUGCCGAAAACCAGCAUCAAAGUGCAGAGUGUUGUUUGAGGACCAAGACUUUCACAGGGAAACCAAAAUUCUUGUUUACAAAGCUAUUGUACUACCAGCCUUACUGUAUGCUUGUGAAACAUGGACCACUUAUAAACGCCAUCUCCAACUCCUUGAAAGGUUCCAUCAACGGUGUCUCCAAACAAUUUUACACAUCACUUGGGAAGACAGGUGAACUAAUGCCAGUGUACUGGAAGAAGCAAAGAUCACCAGUGUCAAAGCAAUGAUUCUUCAGCCUGAACUUCAUUGGACUGGUCAUGUUGUUCGGAUGCCUGAUUGUCAUCUUCCAAAGCAACUAUUCUAUUCCAAACUUAAAAAUGGAAAGCGUAUUGCUGGUGGUCAACAAAAGAGGUUUAAGGACUCUCUCAAGGCAAAUCUUUAAAAAUGUAGUAUAAACACUGACAACUGGGAAACAAUGGCCUGUGAGUGCUCCAAGUGGGGAACAGCCUUUACCAAAGGUGUCAUGGACUUUGAAGACACUUGAACUCAGGAUGAAAGGGAGAAACGUGUUAAGAGGAAGGCUCAUUUGGCAAACCCUCACCAUGAUCAACUCCCAUCCAGAAACCUAUGUCCCCACUGUGAAAGAACGUGUGGAUCCGGAAUUGGCCUCCACAGUCACUUACGGACUCAGUGUUAAGACCAUGUUCAUGGAAGACAAUCUUACUCGGCUAUGAGUGAUCACCAAAGAUGGCUAUCCUAUCAUCUCUCAGUCUUCUUUUCUCCAAGCUAAACAGUCAACUCAUUUGACUAUUCCUAAGACUUUGUUUCCAAACCCUUCAUAAUCUUGGCCACCCUCCUCUGCACACAUUCCAGUUUCUAAAUAUUCUUCUUAAACUGUGAGGGAUUGACCAAGCCAAAACAGAGUGGUACCAUUACUUCCCUUGAUCUGGACACUUUACUUCUGUUGAUGCAGCCUAGAAUAGUGUUAGAUUUUUUUGCUGCUGCAUCACACUGUUGACUCAUGUUAAGUUUGUGGUCUACUAAGACUCCCCCAGAUACUUUUCACAUGCACUGCUAUCAAGCCAGGUGUCCCCCAUCCUAUAUUUGCACAUCUAACUAUUCCUGCUUAAGUGUAGAACCUUACAUUUGCCCCUGCUGAAAUUCAUUGUGUUAGUUUUGACCCAGUUCUCUAUUCUGUUAAGGUCAUCUUGAAUCCAUCUCAGUGUAUGUAUUCCUGAAUGUACUUUACCAUAAAAUCCAUAUUACUAUUUUUAAAAAAAAAUGCAUUUGGGGAUGUUUUUCAGCUGAGAACUGUAUAGCAACAUUUGGAAGGGUGUGAAAUCUGAAGGGUAAUGAUGUUCUGAUCUGUGCAUUAGUUCAGGAGGUACAAAUUGGUUUGCUUAACAACUUGACCAAAUGAAAUUCUCCUCCAUCCUUAGAUGAGGCAUGGGACAUCUGUCACAGAGUGUCAGCCAGAAAGAGAUAGGAGACAAAUUUACUGUAGAUGCAUGUCCCUUGAAGCGAUGUGGUCUUAAAGGUACGUGUCGCUAUCCAUUCCUAGCCAGGCUGAGCCCACAGAAGGACUUGGAGGAAGCAGGUCUAGCAAGUGGAAGGACAUUAGCAUGCUUUGCAUUAAAAAGACCCAGGUUCAAUCCUCAGCAUCCCAUCCCUGCCUUAUGUCUUGAGCUGAUAGCCAGAGUGGGCAGUUAGCCGGCAUUUCUAAUCCAAGUUCAAGAACCACAGAGCAGAGAAUGAGGGAGCCAGAGGCCGGUCUUUCAGUACCCUCGGCCAAUCACAGGAUGGAGACAACCCCUUUGGGGAUUAACACCCUCAUGUUCCCCAAUGCUUGCUCCUGAAGAAGUGGUCGAAAUACCAGGUGCCAACCAGAGGACUCUGCUUUUAAGGCUCUGGAUGCCUGAGAAAAGAGGAGGAGCCUAGAUGGGGCACUUGGACCCAGGAGCUGCUGUGUCCCCAUGGAUAAGGAUGGGGGGGGGGAAUUUGAUUCAGUUUGCAUUUAAAGGCAAGUCUACCCAAUCUGCACUUUCUAAAACAGAAUGCAGACCAAAAUGUAGCUGAAUUUUGCAGUGCAGUUCUCCAGCUGAGCAACGUGUGCAAAAAUGCAUGUGCUGGGGUAAAGUCUGCAUAUAAAUGCACACAUUAGUGGAAAUAACCUUUUCCUUUGCAAAAAAAAUGUGUAUAUUAGGCAAAACAGCAUUCAGAAAUGUAUAUUCUGAACUAGGAUAAAUUUACACAAGCGAGCUGGUAAGUUUUCAUGAUAACUUUUUUCUUUUUUCUUUUUAUUAAUUUACAAUAUCAAGCACCAAUAAACAAACAAAAAGAAAACACAUGAUAAACAAAAUCAAAAGAAAAAAACAUCAAAAACAUAGCAGGUAAAGAAAAAGAAAAAAGAGAAGACCACACUGCAAAGUAAAAGACUAAACAACACAACAAUGAUUGACUUCCCUUCAUCUCGGUUUUGGACUAUGUUACAAAAUGUUUUCUUACUGCAGUUUCACUUUCUUAAUCUUUUUACGUCACAGGAUGAUAACUUUAAUAUAUUGCAAACUGAAGUGCAGAGAGCUGAACUUAGAUCUGCGAAAGUGAGAAACAGAGAAAAACUGAAUUGGCAUAUUGACCCAUCCCUACCUGUGUGUGCCCUAUAUGUGUGGGUGUGUUGCGGGUGUGUCAUGUGGGGUGGCCAGGCCCACCCCCUGCAACUGCUCUCAAGGGCCUGAUGCCAAAAGUUUGCAGUGCCACCUACCUUCCUGAUUGGUGAUAUUUUCCUCUUCUCCCUUAAGCUGUGCACAGUUCCCGGCAAGAGGAAGUCAUCGACCACAGGCUAACGGACAGAGAGUGGGCCGAGGAGUGGAAGCACCUCAACAAUGUAUGUACCAAAUCCCACCGCAUGACUUGCGGUGGCUGGGAUGGAAUCUGGGUGUGGGGCAGAGGCUGUAGCGCAGAUCUUUGUAUAUAAACGUAUUGAUUGUCAAGACCUAUGCCCUUGCUUUCCGAUCAAACAAUCCCUAGGGAGGCUGGCAACAGAUUAGGAUAACACCGGGAUGAAACACACCAAACAAUUAACUGGACAGAAAUUGGCAGCAGAGCGGCGUCACGUGAUAAAGCGGCAUAAUUAUAUCCCUAGGACAGCUUGAGCAAAUAAAACAGUUUUGCCUGCUGAACCCCUAGGGGAGGGAAGUGGCUGAUACACAGCUGUGCUCCAGAAGGAUGCUGCAUUGGCACAGGGGCCACAGAGAUAAAGACCCUUCCCUUGGUAUUGGCUAGCAUCCAGUCACUUGUGCACUUUGGACUUUUUCACUGCUAAUUCUUGCCAGGGUGGCAGGCAAGCAAGAUGUCCCUGUGCCUUGGAGAAGAUUUGCUGGCCAAUUGACAAAAAGAACCCGUUAGCUUUGCUCUUCCAGGUACCAUCCACCGGCUGGAAAAGUGGAGGUGUGUAGUGGUUAGAGCAGCAGUUCCCAGACGUUCUCAGGCCACCAUCCCCUCGGUUUCACAAACUCACCCCUGGGGCCCCCAACUCCACCCUAUAAAAAGCAUUAUUCAGAAUAGCAGGAUAAUAACACAGUAAAAUUCAAAAAAGUUAUAAUGAAUUGCACAUUUAUUCGAAAUCCAAUUAAAACUAUUCAGUUUAAUUAAUUCAGCAAAACUGCUGAACUUGAUCCAGUGAUACCAGCUUUUCAGAGUCUUAAAGUAGUUUAUUUUUGUUAUUUAUUAAUAUUGUCAUAAUUCUUAUUAUGACUUUAUAUUGGAUCGGAUUGUUACUAUUAAUGUUUGAUGUUUUAUUAUGUUUUUAUAUGUGUUGGAAGCUGCCCAAUGUAGCUGGGUCAACCCAGCCAGAUGGGCAUGGUAUAAAUAUAUUAUUAUUAUUAUUAUUCUUAAUAAUAAUAAUAAUAAUUUAUUUAUUUAUUUAUUUAUACCUCACCUUUUUCCCUGAUGGGACUCAAGGCAGUUUGCAGAUUAAAAACAAGAACCGCUAAAAACACAGGGGGGGAAUCAUUAAAAAACAAUUCAAACUAUAUGCACAUAUACAAACUAUUAAAACCAUACAGAUAAUUACAAAGAAAACAGCACAGCACCAGCCCUUUCAUAUUCACACCUCCAACACCCCCCCGCCACCUGCUUUCUUUUUAGUGCCCCCCUAAGUAAUCCCACCCCCACUUAGGAAACCACUGGGUUAGUGUGUUGGAUUAGGACCUGGGAGACCAGGGUUCAAAUCUCCACUGGGCCAUGAAACUCACUGGGUGACCUUGGGCCGGUCUCCAUCUCUGAGCCUAACCUACCUUACUUCCCCAAUGUUUUGGGCUACAACUUCCAUCAGCCAUGGGGCUGAUGGGAGUUGUAGUCCAAAACAACUGGAUUGUGCCAGGUUGCCCAACGCUGUCCAGGAGAAUUCUCUUGUCACACAUGCGCACACUCACACCCAUGUAUGUAAGCUUAGUUUCUUAAGUCCCAUAUUUCUGCAUGUAUUAUACUCUUAGGUUCUGGCAGCGGAUCAUUUACUUUUAAUAAUUUCUAUUCGGUGUUUUAUUUCUCGGGGGGGGGGGUGGGCAGAACAAACACCAAAAUAAGCCCUCCUACAAGCAAUAAAUAAACUGUUAGCAAAUGCUAAAGCAGAUUAGGCAAAAGACAGUAAUAGACAAUAAAAAUAGCACACAAAUGAACAAACGGCAGCAGCCUAACAUAAACUUUCGAGGAGGAAACAGCAGGAGCAACUCAACUUGGCCACAUUAUUUAAAAUAGGAUCAAAGUGAUCUUUCAAAAGGAAAAUGUAUUUUUUUCUGGAAAAGGAGGUAGGCGAGAUGGAGGUGGCUGUGACCCAUAUGGAAACCUAUAUGCAAAGCAGAUGGCUUCCCUGCCAAAAAAAAAUUAUCCUGAGAACUAUAGUUUUCAUGGGUGCUAGGAACUGUAGCUCUGUGGGUGAGGAAACUAUGGUUCCCAGGGUUCUUUGGGUGGAGCCAUGACUCUGAAAGUGGUGUGAAUGUGGUUUAAAUGCAUGCUGUGGAUGCAGUUUUAGUUCUCACCGUCCUCACAGCAACCCUGUAAAGUAGGCCACCACGGCCUGUGGGGAAAUGGAGGUUGAUGGUGCCUGGGCAGAGCUAGCAGGUCAGGGCUAUGGAGGGUGCCCCCAUCCCAGGCUACCCAAGAUCUUAUGUUGUGGCCUUCCACCCAGCAGCUGCUGAAUUGCAUCAUGGACAUGGUGGAGAAGACCCGCCGCUCGCUCACCGUGCUUCGCCGCUGCCAGGAAGCCGACCGUGAGGAGCUGAACCACUGGAUCCGUCGCUACAGCGACGCCGAGGACAUGAAGAAGGGGCCCAGCCCUGCCACGCGACCUCACAAUAGCACUGCCAACACUGAGGCGUCCCCUCUAGGUACCCAUGCGAGGGAUAGGCUGGGCUCCUAAGCAUUCGGCCUGGUUUGUUUUUUGCUGGGCGACUACACGAUGUUAGCUAUUGAAUGAGCAUUUCCCGUUACAGUGGUACCUCAGGUUACAAACGCUUCAGGUUACAGACUCCGCUAACCUAGAAGUUAGGUUAAGAACUUUACUUCAGGAUGAGAACAGAAAUCACACAGCGGCAGCGGGAGGCCCCAUUAACUGAAGUGGUUAAGAGUAGUUUCAGGUUAAGAAAGGACCUCCGGAACAAAUUAAGUUCUUAACCAGAGGUACCACUGUAUUUGUUGGUAGGGAGGCUAGAUGACGUGGCCUCAAAGCGAGACUCAUCCCACGCUUCCCGGUUCCUUUCCCACCUGUUGCAAAAAGUCCAGUCUCUGAGGGAAGCGGGUUUGUUCUGCAGGAGCUGCAAAUCAGCUUUAAUUGUGCAGAUUGAAUAUGCAGGGAUGUGAUUGAAUCCCACCACCAAAAUAGUGACAGGCUGGAAGUGCCCCAAGUCAAGGGAAGUGCAGCUGCCUGGCAUGUAGAAAGUCCCAGGUUCAAUCCUUGGCAGCCUCUCCUGGUAGGUCUGGAAGCAAUUCCUGCCUGCAACCCUAAAUAGCUGCUGCCAGUUGUGUCAGCAACACUGAGCUAUUUGGAGCAAGGACCUGACUUGGUAUAAAACAGCUUCCUAUGUCCAUCUCUGCCCAUCUUGUCCAGUGCUGCCUGCUCAGACUGGCAGUGGCCCUCCAGGAUCUCAGGUUUUUUUUUUUAAAAAGUCACUCACAUCACUUGCUACCUGAUGCCUUUAAACUGGAGGUGACAUAGAUUUGAACGUGGGACCUUCUGUAUGCCAAACAGGUGCUCUGCCCCUGAGCUAGUUUCCUUCAGCUUCCAAUCCACCUCUCCAACAUCUGUCAUGACUGCAUCAUAAACAGAGAACCUAUGGAUGAAAGAGAGGAUGGAGAGAAGCUUUUCUCCCUCUGUCACAGUACAGGAAUCUGGGGAUCACCCAAUGAAAGGAACGAGGAGGUUACAGGUGGACCAAAGGAAGUACUGCUUCACAAGUAACUUGUGGAACUCACUGCCACAAGGGCCGGUGAUGGUGGCCACUGCCUUAAAUGGCUUUAAAAGAGGGUUAGGCAAAUCCGUGUCAAUGGCUAUUAGUCAUGAUGCCUGCAUGGAAUCUCCACAUUCAGAGGCAGUUUGCCUCUGGAUAUAUUUCUUUUAUUUGAGUCCAUUCAUUGCUACUAGAUGAUAGGCAUUGAAAGAAAUCAGGGAGGGCUGUUGCCUUCCCUCCCCACCACUGGGCUUCCUGGACAUAUAUGGCUGGCCACUGUGGGAUGUAAGAGUAGAUGGGUCCUCAUCUGGUCUCUUCCAGCAAGACUCCGCUAACAUUCUCAGUCUUGCUUCCUUGACUAAUCCCUGCCAUCCCUCUUCCUCACUGCAUGGCAUUUUGAGCCACUGACUUUGCACAGGGGCAGAGGGGGCCCCUGCCAUUAAACUAGCUUCCAUCCACCAUUAGCUUUGGGGGCAGAUAGCCCUGUACCAAACAGCUGGACGCACAGUCAUAACUUAAGCAUGCCCCAUCCCCCUGCUAGACAGGUGUAACAGAUAGACAGGGCCACCUGUCUGUCAGUCACCUGGCAUUUUGCACAGGUCUGUGCUCUGAGCUUUGCAAGCCCCAAUGAUCAGCUGCUUCUUAGUGCUUGCAAAUCACAGUGCAAUAGGGCUUGGGAGGGAAUUGGCCCACUUGUGUCUUUACCUGUUCCACAUAUGAUGCCAUACGUGGCAUCAGGUGUCGAGAAGGUAAGUGUAGAGGCCAGAGGCUCUCCCACGACUGAUCUGCUGAGGAUCUUGCUAGGCUUUCGUGUUUUGUUUUGCUUUUAAAUCAAGUCGAAUGUUUAGCAUUUCUUAACAGCAUUUUCUCCAUCUGUCUUUCUCCCAGAUGCUCACCGCGAGUUUGUAUCCAGGCCCCUGUCUGGCUACAUGCCGGAGGAAAUCUGGAGGAAAGCUGGUGAGUUUUUUGGGAAAUGAGGAAAUAGUUUAAGAACAAAACUAACUCCUGCACUACAUAGCUGGAGGCAGAAAUCAUCGAAUCCAUCAGUUCCUAGAUCCCUACUGUGAUCCUGGUCAUUUCCCCUAGUAUUUACACAAUCUUGGAAGUUAAAUGCAAAGACACAUUCAGUUACAGACCCCUCAGGAUGGCCAAGUGUCCUAAUUUGCAGAGGACGGCCGUCUGUUUGAAGGCCUGUCCAGUCUGAGUCCCAUUUAAACCUAAGGAAGAGCGGCGAGCUGCCCGCCAACAUUGGAGUUCCUGGGCUGCAGAUUAAGUGUGCCGCCCCUUGCUUAGCGCCCCCUACAUGACUCCCGCCUUGCCCUGUGCUCUUCCUUUCAGAAGAAGCUGUGAACGAGGUGAAGCGGCAGGCCAUGUCCGAGCUCCAGAAGGCCGUGUCCGACGCGGAGAGGAAAGCCCACGAGCUGAUCACGACGGAGCGAGCCAAGAUGGAGCGAGCCCUGGCAGAAGCCAAGCGCCAGGCCUCCGAGGAUGCGCUGACCGUCAUUAACCAGCAGGAGGACUCCAGUGAGGUAGUGACACCCUCUCCCAACGUGGAUAUUGACACCAGAGUAGUGGGCUGGAAACAGUGAGGACGGUCCUUUUUUCUUCCCCCCCUAACUUUCCGUUCCUUAAAUGUAUGACGUUGAGCUCCAUCUGGACCUGAGCCAAAGCCCAGUGCGAAUGCAGCCAGAGGGAGAGACUGCCCGUGCGCUCGGUGGCCCCGGUGAAGAGAGUAUAGAGAGCCCCUUAGCCCCGCGCUUGUCUUUCAGUCCGCGCUGAUCUGUGUGCUUUCGCCUUCUCCUGCAGAGCUGUUGGAACUGCGGGCGCAAGGCAAGCGAGACCUGCAGCGGAUGCAACACGGCGCGCUACUGCGGCUCCUUCUGCCAGCACAAAGAUUGGGAGAAGCAUCACCACGUGUGUGGGCAGACUCUCCAAGGCCUCCCGGCCUCUGCCGGGGCAGCCUCUUCGGGGCUGGGCGUAGCGUCGGCUCAGCCAGACGUGGUGGCUGUGAGUACCUCCAUCACCAGCGUAGCCGUGGCGGGAAGCCCCAGCGAUUCCGGCUCGGCCGCCGCCUCGCGUUCCGGCACGCCGGCCACGCCGGCUCCUCUGGACACGGCGUCCCGCUAA